AUGCCUUACGAGCUCAGUAAGUGGUCCUGGGGCACACUGACUGUCAAUGGGUCCUGGGGGCUGGUACUGCAGGCCUGUCACCACUUCAUAACAGCUACAUCCACACCCUGCAUCAAUGGCCCCUUACUGGGGGACCAUACUGCCCCUUUAAUUCUGGGAACCAUACUGCCCCUUUAAUUCUGGGGACCAUACUGCUACUUACUGGGUGACCAUACUGCCCCCUUAAUUCUGGGGACCAUACUGCCCCCUUAAUUCUGGGGACCAUACUGCUCCUUACUGGGGGACCAUACUGCCCCUUUAAUUCUGGGGACCGUACUGCACCUUACUGGGUGACCAUACUGCCCCUUUAAUUCUGGGGACCAUACUGCCCCUUACUGGGUGACUGUACUGCCCCUUUAAUUCUGGAGACCAUACUGCUCCUUACUGGGUGACCAUACUGCCCCUUUAAUUCUGGGGACCGUACUGCACCUUACUGGGUGACCAUACUGCCCCUUUAAUUCUGGGGACCAUACUGCCCCUUACUGGGUGACUGUACUGCCCCUUUAAUUCUGGAGACCAUACUGCUCCUUACUGGGUGACCAUACUGCCCCUUUAAUUCUGGAGACCUUACUGCUCCUUACUGGGUGACCAUACUGCCCCUUUAAUUCUGGAGACCAUACUGCCCCUUACUGGGUGACCAUACUGCCCCUUUAAUUCUGGAGACCAUACUGCUCCUUACUGGGUGACCAUACUGCCCCUUUAAUUCUGGAGACCUUACUGCUCCUUACUGGGUGACCAUACUGCCCCUUUAAUUCUGGAGACCAUACUGCUCCUUACUGGGUGACCAUACUGCCCCUUUAAUUCUGGACACCAUGCCGUCUCUUACUGGGUAACCAUACUGCCCCUUUAAUUCUGGACACCAUACUGCCCCUUUAAUUCUGGGUAACCAUACUGCCCCUUUAAUUCUGGACACCAUACUGCCCCUCUAAUUCUGGACGACCAUACUGCCCCUUUUUGGGUGACCAUACUGCCCCUUUUUGGGUGACCAUACUGCCCCUUUUUGGGUGACCAUACUGCCCCUUUUUGGGUGACCAUACUGCCCCUUUUUGGGUGACCAUACUGCCCCUUUUUGGGUGACCAUACUGCCCCUUUUUGGGUGAUCAUACUGCCCCUUUAAUUCUGGAGACCAUACCGUCUCUUAUUGGGUAACCAUACUGCCCCUUUAAUUAUGGAGGCUCAGUAAAGAUGCUAUGUGAAUCUAUGAUUGAAUACUGCCCUGCAGUAUAGGUUUUCUUGUAGGAGACAUGUCUCAACGGAGAUAGAUGGUCCAUCUAAUCAUAGCAGUCAAUCCAUGUAAUCCCUGCCUCUCAUUGAUUUACAGGACCAGUUGCAUGCUUGUUUAUUUCAGGGCCCAUGCAUGGGGAAGCAUACUGCAUAUUUUACUUCAUUACAUGUAUUUCUCAAUUGCUAACAUAUAUUUAUCUAUCUACUGCAUCAAUUUGUUAAUGGAAUUGGAGCAUGUAUUUGUAUGUGUUUAACAUCAGUUGUCUUCCCCAGCUGAAAGAGGAUUGCUUAUUUAGAUGCACACCUCCUGUUGCUAUAAAUUGGGAGAAAAUUUCACUUGCUAGAUACCAGAAUAAUAGUAUUUCUCCUGAACAUUUUUAUUAUCCAUUUAGCCUCACCCAGUCUUUCCACACCCGUCUUACUGCAGUACUGCUACCGCUUCCUUAUUUGCACACUUGAUGUACUUCCACUUGCACGCCCUGCCUGGUGAAGUCAAGCUUUAUGUAGUGUAUUUAUUUGAUGCAUAGGCACGAAAGCCAUGCUUUCUAAAGAUAUUCAUAGUCUGCAGUUUUUAGACCUGUGUUUAGAAAUGUUUUAAUCCUCCAGGCCUACUAGAAUACCAGCCCUACUCCUAAAUAUAUCCACAUCGACUGAAAAGUCUGAUAGUGAACAGAUAAUAAACAAACUGUAGUAAUGUCCACAAUUGUUACAGAUUUUUACCUUCGUAGGUUAAAUAGUAAAAAAAAAAAAAACUUUACUAAAAUAUUUAUAAAGUAAGUAAUGUGCUAAUAUAGGGGACUUUCUUUCAGGCCUAUUUAAGUGUGAUUUGGUUUGAAUUUACCAGAGAUGUGCAGAUUUAAAGCCAGAAAACAUUAGUUUAUAACUUUUUUUUACUUGCGCUGUUUUUUGCUUAAACUUUUCUGUUCCUGCAACUUCACUUUACUGAAAAUAUAAGGUAAAAAGACAAUAGCUCAGAUAUGUUCGUGAAAAAGAAAGGAUAAAGAUAGAAUUGUUUAAUAUUAUCUGUGAGAGGGCAGUUUAUUAGAAUAUCAGAUGAAUUAAAAUAAUAAUGGAAAGAAGAUAUCUCUGGAAUUGGAGACUUCAGGAUGCUGGGAUCAACUAAUCUGCUACCGAUUUGGUUAAUAUUUGAUAGGGUGAGCAGAACAGCAUUUAGUAGCUUUGGGAUGGAACAAUUAUCAUUGAUUAAACUUCUAUCCUUGAAAACCUUUACUGAAAGCAAGUUUGACUUGUUAAAGAAUGGUUUGUAAUGUUGUGUUUUUUUUUUGUUUUUUUUUCUCCGAUUCUAGAAAAAGUCUUUGCAAGUCUUCCUCAAGUGGAAAGAGGUGUAGCCAAGGUUAUUGGCGGAGACCCAAAGGGCAAUAACUUUCUAUACACCAAUGGAAAAUGUGUCAUCAUCCGCAAUAUCGAGGUAAGACUAGCGUUCCUUGAUUUGUUUAUAUUGUCAUUUACUAAACAUAGCUCUUGCUAAAUGUAUCUUGGUUAUCUUACUAAUUAUUUUCCUAAGUGGAUUUUCUUUUUACAAAGCACUUGUGUGAUUUUCAUGUAGUAUUAAAAAAACAAAAAACAGUGUGGUGCAGGUUUUCUUGCGAAAUUUGCACGUAUAGAGUGUGUGUGUGUGUGUGUGUGUGUGUGUGUUUGUGUUUAUUUUUUUAUUUUUUUUUCUGUAAGACAUGCUGUUGUAUUUGGUGUAAUAACCUCAAAACAAAAAUUUUAAACACCAUCUAAAACCUGUGGUAGGUUUAGUGUGUGCAUAUUAAUCUCCACUUCUCUCUUUAUUGCCUCUACACCAGUAAUGUUUCUUCUGGUGAUACACUAACCCUGCAACAUUGUCAGACUUUUUCAAUCUGCUGUUGAUCCAAAAGAAACUAAAAAAAAAAAAAAAAAGUUUAAGUGUUUUUUCCAAUUUUUGUGACAAACUGUGUGUGGGGAAAGUGGAAGGAGGGGGGAGAUUUUUCACCCAAGAAUGACAAACAGAUCUUUAAUAAGAUUACUGGGAUGUGGCUAUUUAAAAAAAAAAAAAAAGUUUUUUUUUUUUUCUUUCUAUCUAUCUAUCUAUCUCCAGGAAGGAUGCAUUGAGAUUUCUCUCGUUUUCAAGUAUGUCCAAGGGACUAAAGUGAUAGCCCAAUCUAAUUGUCCUGACAAUUUUAAGAUUACAAAGUUUGCAGACCCUGCUUACAUCUGGACAUUGGUAGGGUUAUUCACAUACUCUGAAUUUUCCAAGAUUACAUUUGAAAGAAAGCUGAGGACAAAAUAGCUUAUCUGGAAAAAUACUCCAACUUGGCUAUAUUCAUACCAGGCUAUUUCUUCCAUUUGGAAUUAAUGUGCAAAACUUUGGAGUUUAGUAUCUCGCCCUCUGUUCUCCUCCAUAGUGUGUUUCUGCUGGCUGUAUGUAAUGCAUGUGCAGACUGUAUAUUUAGUCUCUGAUUUGUGCUGGCUGUAUAGUGUGUUUGUGUGAAGGCUGUACACUGUGUGCACUUGCUGUGUGGCGUGUGCUGGAUCUUCUACUCUCACCAGCCCUUAAGCCAAAUCUUUUGGACUCCAAUACAUAAAGCAUCUUUAUAUGGACCUCAGUAAUCCUGCUCCCUGUGGCUCGGGCGCUCACAAAGCCAGAGUGGUCGCUGGGAGUUCCAGGGGCUGACUCAAUAGUGUGCACUGGAACCGCUAAUUUAAGUGUCUUCUGAGGUCUGCAAGUACUAAGAGACUAGCGCUCAGACUCCCUUCCCCAAACACUUUCUGUGGCGGUCCACCAAAGUUUCACCGCCACGGAUUCCUUUUUCCCGUAAUAAAAUAACGGCAAUAACAUUGAAGUAAAAUAUCGCUGGUAUCGCAUAACCCCCCACACAUGAGUCAAGGCUGGGAAACAAAGUUUUAUUCAGGGCCACACACGGCCUGUUACGACAAAGCCCAGGCAAGGUGUUUCGUACACAAAACAGCAGGGUAAUCCCUCCCCUGGACCUGAGAGAUUAUUGAGUCAGGAGUUGUACAAUCUCAAUACAAAACAGCAGGGUAAUCCCUCCCCUGGACCUGAGAGAUUAUUGAGUCAGGAGUUGUACAAUCUCAAUUAUCUCCAGGUACAGAAAAACACAUAAUUUACAGCCACCCCAAAAUACAUGAAAACACCACAAAAGUCACAUCCCCAGAUACCCCUGAUCUGGGGGACCAACAUUGGUUUGGUAGUUUUAAUCCCCAUCCCGGGGAAGGUUUCACCAGCUUGCCACGAGGGUUGAAGCCCAAAAUAGUUCCAGGAAAAUUGUGACAAUGACUGGAUUCCAUUUGUGGGGUUUUGUAUGUAAACCACAUAAGAUACACAAAAGAUUUUACUGUGCGAAUGCUCCCCUUGUUCGGUAUUUGCUGACUAUUGAACGCCAUCCGUGUAGAUGGUCCGGAACUUGAACGGGCAGCAGGUCUAUCUUUACCGGCGUUCGCAGGUGUGCCUGGCCGGAAACAGUUCCAGGAACUCUACGACCAUGUCCCACUGCCUGCGUUCGGGAGACGAGAUGGCCACCAUACAUUGUCUCGACCAUGUGAGUUCGGUUGCACGAAAUGACGGCCAUCCAGUGGAGCAUUCUAUUAAUUGUUUACUUUGCGGUUUUCGUACAGGAUACUCCACGUUCUAAUUAGGGUCUGGGGUGAUCCUCGUUCGGGAACCGAACCAAGUAAAACAAAUCAAACAAAAGGGAAUAUAAAUUCACAAAAUCAACUUAAACAAGUUAUGGGACUAUUCUUUCACAAUGUCCUUCUUCUUGCAGGCAAAUAGCAUGGCUAAAAUUCCAAAUAAAAUGCCUGCUGGUGCCCGGAGCUGCAUGUCCUGAGUGUUUUCAAAUACAAAUUCCACAUCUCUUUAUCAAUGGAUCAAAAAGCUGUUAACCCACUAUUAUAUAUUGUAUCCCAAAAUAUUAUGUUUUUGCAAAAAACUAUUAUAAAAACUGUAAAACCACCCCUUCAAGCAGAGAAUUACACAUCUGUUUCUACUGCACAAGACUAAAUCUCCUUUCUUCCAGUCUAAAUGAGUGACCUUGUUUCUCCUGUAUGGUUAGGGUUUAUUUGCUCCAAAUCUAUUUAUAUAAUGUUGUUAUAUGCCCUCUGAGGUGCAGUUUUUCUACACUAAACAGAUUUAAUUUUGUUGACUUUUCUUCAUAACUAAAAUCUUCCAUUCAUUUUGUAGCCUGUUUUUUUAUUUUAUUUUUUAAUUUUUUUUUUUGCCAUCAUAUCCUUCAUUAGAGCAGGUGCCCAAAAUUGCUCCGCAUAUUAAAACAUGCUUGCCUUCCAUUUUUCCAUAUCUUGUUUGUGUAAUGCUUUUGAUUGAAUACUUUAAACUGAUGUGCAUUAUUCUCUGAUUUGGCAUAUGAAUUAUGCACAGCAAUGAUGCAGCAAGUGUUGUAUCCUUAUUGAGACUAAUUCAGAAAGAUCUCUCGGGUCGGCAGUAAUAAGCAAUGUUUUAUUAAUCGGUUAUUAGAGCAGUUUAUACCUAUAGAUAAAGCAGUAUAUCCAAAUUAUAUUUUUAGUGCAAAAUAUUCUGCUGAACAUGUAGCAGGCCUGUCUUGGUAACUGUAACCUACAAUAGUGACUGAUUUCUGAUUUUCUUACCCCUGUGAUAGUAUUUAAUUUUACUUUGCCACUAUGCUUAAUGUUAGUAUUUCUGUUUUUAUAUUGCUAACUUUUUUUCAAUAAUAUUUUCUCUUAAUGUCCUCCAUCAUCUGGGGCAACAUUAUUAGUUAAUUCUUGACUAAUACUACUUUUCUGGUAUAGUGCUCAUUGGUUCUGAACUAAAAAUCGUUUAAAGGAACACUCUAACUACCACAGUGAUCUGUGGUGGUUAUGGUGCUUAGAGUACCAGGAGUGCCAUGGAGCCUUCCCUGUAAAAUUUGUCAAACAGUUUUGACCGGUUUAUAGGUGCCCACAGCCACACACCCUGCCUCUGCAUUCUUCUAGCAGGAGAAUUUGGUUUGCUCUUUUGACCUAAUCAGGGCCACGCAGGGCUGCGCUCACUUGCCCAGUGGAUCAGAUCAGCUUUCUCAAUCAAUGAAUGCAGUCCUGUAUUUGCUCGGCCCAACUGCAGAGAGAGACAUCCAGCUUCUCAUGCAGGAGAAAACAGGAUACUGCAUGGGUCCAUGGGUGACCCAGGUAAGCUGUAGAACAAAGCAAAUUAUAAAAUCUUAGUUCAAGAUCUACCUUAAUAGGUAGUUUGUAUAACUCUAGAAGGUAUACACUGCACUUAAAAAGCACUUUGGAAUCAAUGUCACUUUUUAAAAAUAUAUAUAUUUUGUAAUUAACACUAUAUGUAUAUGAUUAAAGCCAUAAAACCAUUAUUAAAUUGGGCAAGUGAGUAGAAGUACUUUGAAAACACUUGGUGAGUGAGGACACUGUCUAUAAAUUGGUUAUUUUGUUAAUCAACACUUAGUGUAGUUUUAUCGUUAACACUUGAUGUAUUCUACAUUAAUGCUAGAUUUUAAUGCGUUUAACUUCUAUCACUUUAUAAAGAGUCAUUUUUGCAUUGAGAGAAGUGCAAUAUAGGAUUUAUUUACCAUUUUUGGUUUUUAGCUGUAACACAGUUCUAAUGAAUUAUAAAAUUCAGUAUUCAUUUCCUGACAAUUUAGGGUUUAUUUAUAAAUUUCACUCUCCUGACUAGUAACCUGUCUUUGUUUGGUAGUCUUUUUCUGUGUUUACCUCCCUGUCCAACACUGGAAUAUUUUCCUAUAAAUGAAAUCCAGUGUUGACUCAUUCUGUAAAUGCUAAUGUAUGCACAAUGGUGGCCUGAUACCUUACUCUGGUUUGCGUGCCUCUAGGUAGGAUGUCUGUGAGUCAGUGCCACUCCCAAAGUGUGUCCUGAACUAUGUGACUCAUAAAAUAGAGUAUGUUUAGCACAGUUGGAAGUAACUGUAACCUCUUGAAAUUGGAAAAUAUAUACUUUUCUUUAUGCAGCAUUACCCAGGCAAAUUUGUAAAUUUUUAUUUUUGUCUUCAUUGUCCUUGUUAUUGAUAAGUAUUGUAAACAAACCUUACAAAUGACUGACGUGCCGUGCAUUUGAAUUUGUCAGCAUGGCCUUUGCUUUUCAAUAAUUAGGACAGAGCUGUCUGUGAAAAGCCUGCAGCAGUAGAAUAUUUAAACACUGAAAGCUACCUGCUGUGGUAUGAAGUCCCCUAACCACAAACUUUACAUUUAUUUAUUUUUUACUUUUUUUUUUAUUUUCAGAUGUCUGUUCAUAGCAAAAUAAAAUGCACUAAGAAAUGCAUGUAUUUUUCAUUGUGUAUCAUAAUACAUGUUAAUCUCCAGACUGAAAUUAACACAAUGUGACACUCAAGGUCUGUCUGUGUCAAAAUGUAUGCACAAGCGGAGUCUGUGUCUGGCCAUAUUUGUGGGCGUUCCAUGUAUCCAAAAUUGGGACAGCAGACAUUUGCUGUAUAACAAUUAAACGUGUAUUGUUAAUGCUGCUCUGAGACAGUUAAUGAGUAAACUGUAAAUUGUCAGUAAUCUGCAUGGGUUAUACAUUUUUAGGUCGAAACAGAAAUGGAAAGUUAGUGAGCUAUGUUCCCCGUUCAGCUAUUUUAUCCUACAAUUCCUCCUUUCCUGGUGAAUUCUCAGCCAUUUUAAUUCAGUGUUCAGUAAAUAACCCUGUCAGUGUUUGUCAGCACUGAUGCAUAUUUGUCAGUGAAUGCUCCUGGAUGGAUUUACAUAUGGUUACAAAGCAAGCGGGUAAAAUGGAGAAAUUAAAGAAACAUUUCUAUUAUUACGUAUUUUACUUCUAACACCUCCCUUAGUAAAGGGACACUGUAGGCACCCAGACCACUUCAGUUCAUUGAAGUGGUCUGGGUGCUGUGUCCCUUUUGAACUUAGUGCUGCAAUGUAAAACAUUGCAGUACCAGAGAACUGCAAUGUUUACAUUGCAGCACAAAGUCUGCCCUCAGUGGAUGUCUACCAGACAGCCACUGGGGGCACUUCCGGAAUCGUAAUGGACUUUUGCAUGAAGACCUCCAGCGUCAGAUUUUCCCUAUUGGAAAGCAUUGAUUAAAUGUUUUCCUACGGGGAGGUCUAAUGUGCAUUAGACCCCGCUCGUCCCAGGACGGAGGAGGGGGCAGAGCUUCGACCCAGUGCUAAGUAAAGUGUUUUUUAACCCAUUAUUUACCUUGGAGGGGGUGCGAGGGAGGGGGGAGGCAGAGGGAUCGGUAAUGACAGGAAUACAGCUUUAUAUCCCUGUUGUUGUUGUUGUUGUUGUGUUUUUAUUGUGUUUAACCUUCCUUCUUACAUUCUAAACGAGUUGUUGUUUUUCAAUCAUCCUACAGGUCAUCUCCUUAUAAUUUUUAUUCUUCAACACUACUUAAGUAUUUAGUUAUUGGUUUCACCGUAAUACACCCUCUUCAUGUAUCCUUUUCAAUGUACUUCUAAUUUGACAAUAAGAUGUUUGCUAUUACCUGAGCAGAGAACCCUCUGUGGAGUUAUCUCUAACAAUGUUUAUUACUUUCUAGAAUCCAGCCAUUGCAGAUGUGUACACCGAACAUGCUCAUCAAGUUACUGUUGCCAAAUAUGCCCCUAGUGGAUUCUACAUUAUUUCUGGAGGUAUGAUAUCCCUGCUGUUGUAUACCUGUUAUUACAAUCUGAACAAGGUACAUGUCUGAACUUGAUUUUGCUUCUUCCACUUUCUGUGUAUCUGACUACUUGCACAUCUUUCAUUUUAUAAAGCAGGCUGUGUUACCUGCUCAGCCUUCUGUUGCUUGCAUGCCCCCACACCCCCUGUUUAAUUUUUCUUUUCUUAAAUGCUCUGAAUUGUGUUUUUUAAAGGGGCACUAUAUUCACCAAAACAUCUUUGGCUUAAUAAAGCAGUUUUUAUGUAGAGAGAGAGAGAGAGAGAUUUUUUUUUUUUUUUUAUGCCUCUGAAGUUUCACUACACCAUUCACUGCCAUUAAGAAGUUAAAGGGACACUAUAGUCACAGAGACCACUUCAGCUCAAUGAAGUGGUCUGGGUGCCAGUUCCCUCAGGUUUUAACCCUUCAGACUCAAACAUGGCCGUUUCAGAGAAACUGCUAUGUUUACAUUUGGGGUUAAUCCACCCUCUAGUGGCUGUCUUCUGGACAGCCACUAGAGGCACAUCUGCGAUCCUGGAGGCACAUUUUGCGUCCAUAGGAAAGCAUUGAGAAAUGCUUUCCUAUGGACACUUUAAACGCGCGCGGCACUUGCCGCACAUGCGCAUUCGGCUCACUGACGUCGGCGGGGGAGGAGAGGUCACCAGCGCAGAGGGAGCCCGGUGCUGGAUUAAGGUAAUCUGCUGAAGGGGUUUUAACCCCUUCAGCGCCACGGAAGGAGGACCCUGAGGGUGGGGGCACCCUCAGGGCACUAUAGUGUUAGGGAAAACCGCUUUGUUUUGCUGACCCCAUAGUGAUCCUUUAAAUCAAUGUUGAUUCUGUUUAUGCAGCCCUAGCCUCACCUCCCCUGGCAGUGACUCACACAGCCUGCAUAUAAACAAAAUAUGUUUUAUUUUUAAUCAGGUGUAACUUUCCGUUUUUAUCUCCUGUAAGUUGAACUUGAAUUACACAGUAGGUUCCUGCAGGGUCUAGCAAGCUAUUAACAGAGCAGGAAGUAAGAAAUUUUAAAUUCAACAGAAUUUGCAAUAAAGGAAGUGUAAACAUUAAAAUUCUCUUUACAGGAAAUGCUUAGGAAGGCUGUGUAAAUCACAUGCAGGAUGGUGUGCCUAUGGCUAGAUAAACAAAGGGAUUUAGCUCCUAAAUGCAGAGAAUUGAACAGUGAGACUGCAGCGGCAUAAUCUAUAUACCAAAACUUCUUAAUUUAGUUAAAGGGACACUAUAGGCAGCCAGACCACUUCAGCUCAAUGAAGUGGUCUGGGUGCCAGGUCCCCCUAGAGAAACUUCUAUGUUUACAUUGCAGGGUUAAUCCAACCUCUAGUGACCCUCUUCCUGACAGCAGCUAGAGGCGCUUCUGCGACGCUGGAUGCAGAACGUCCAUAAGAAAGCAUUGAGAAAUGCUUUCCUAUGGACUGUUUAAAUGCGCGUGCAGCUCUUGCCGCGCAUGUGCAUUCCGCUCUACUUGGGAGAUGACGUCGGUGGGGGAGGAGAGGUCACCAGCGCCGAGGGAGCCUGGCGUUCGAUAAAUGUAAGUGGCUGAAGGGGUUUUAACCCCUUCAGCACUAAGGAAGGGUGGAUGCUGAGGGUGGGGUAUCUCCUCCCUCUGCAUGCAGACACUGAACUUUCCUUAUAGAGAUUCACAGAUUCAAUUAAUCUCUAUGAGGAGAUGCUGAUUGGCCAGGGCUGUGUUUGAAUCGUGCUGGCUCUGCCCCUGAUCUGCCUCUUUGUCAGUCUCAGCCAAUCCUGUGGGGAAGCACUGUGAUUGGAUCAGGCCACCACUUCUGAUGUCAGCAGACAGCUUGCUUUUUUUGAGGCAAACAGCAUGCAGAGUUACAGCUUCUGGCUUGAAUACAGUAAGAUUUUGCUAUAUUUAUGGAGGCAGGAGGGCUUGAUGGUGGUGUUAACACUAUAGGGUCAGGAAUACAUGUUUGUGUUCCUGACCCUAUAGUGAUCCUUUAAAGAAACUCAGGAGGUUAAUCUUCGAUUAGUGUCAGGUCUGAAAAAAAUGUUUUUGCUCACUUGUGCCGUUACAGAGAGAACCUAUACAAUUUGCAUGUCUGACUGAUCCCACCCAUAAGGGCAGUCCAGAAACGAAAGCAAGAAGUUUUCUCUGUAUGAGCGAUACAGCAACCCUGCACCAUUGUUUCAGCCUUCUUUGUGCCUCAUCAGCGAGGUGUAGCUGAUACCCCUCUAGGCACAUUGAGCUUUAUAUGAGAAAAUAAUUGGGUGCCUCAAACUAUAUAUAAUGUAUAUUACACACAUAGACACACAUAGACACACUUGGUAGUCUUGAUGGUCUAACAGAUUCAGUUUUGAUAUGAAACAAAUAAAAACAAACAACCCAGCUUAAUAGAAUUAAAUGAUUUGCAUAUAAAGUCAUGCCCAUAUAAGAUAGUCUGCCAUGUUAAUGGGAAUGUUUGCUCUUUUGUUAGAUGUCUCUGGGAAAGUGAGAAUCUGGGACACCACACAGAAAGAGCACUUGCUAAAGUAUGAGUACCAACCAUUUGCUGGCAAAAUUAAAGACAUGGCCUGGACAGAGGAUAGCAAGAGGGUCGCUGUGGUUGGAGAAGGAAGGGAAAUGUAAGUAAACUUAAGAAAAUAUUUUUGCCUUUUUGUAAAUAUUGUGUUUGUAUGUACUCAGGACUCUAAUUUAAAAAAAAAAAAAAAAAAAAUUAUUUUUUUUCUUCACCGACCAGCCAUUUGGUAACAAAAAUGAUGUCAUGAUCAGUGUAUAUUGAACAACAUAUUUCCAUUUUAUUCUUAUUUGUAUUCAACUCUGCAAAGGUUUAGCCUUUGCAGAAUUGCUGUAAAGACUGCAAAUAUUAUGGAGUCUCCCGAGCAGCUGCAGAACGCAUUCAACGAUUUCUAGAAUCAUUGUAUGCUGCAUGAGGUAUGUGACUGGAAAAGGAGGUCGAUUAGUGCUUCUGAUACUGCCAGUACUCCUUUCUCAUUACGAGAUGGAGUGCAAAUAACCUUUAGAUCUGAGUAGUACUGUAGGACUUGCCCUGAUAAGUGUGUGAUAUCUAAAGAUUUUGUUUCUCAUUCUGCCUUUUGGACCCAAUUCCUAUAAUGAUUUGAAGAAUAAUAAAAAGUGUUUAUUCUGACCCCAAAAAGCUCUGCUGGUUCCAACAGACCAUUCCCUGGAUAUUGUUAUACCAUGUGCUAAACGACUUUUCAUUCCACUUGCUUUCACCUAUCCAUUUACAAAACAAUUGAGAAUUACUGCUUUUAUCAUGAUUUUUACUGUUCAAAGAUGGCCCUGAUCACAGACUGAGACAAUGGUUUGCAUAGGUUGAGGAAUUUAAAACAUUGGGGAUUUGAGUGCUUCCUGUUCAUGCUCCUAGCCCACGUAUGGGGUUUAUUCCCUAAGGUCCAAAUUUCUGUGGAUUAAAAUCCAAAUGGUAUUUCAUAGAGUACGAUGUGAAUAUUGCAGAAUUGCAUAGAUUUUUAAAUAAGCUCUUUUAGCCUAAAAUACUCCUGUAUCUCACUCUGUACCCCUAUGUUACUACACUCUAAAGCAGGGGGUUUCCAAUUAUUUUUUUCCAGUGGAACACUUUGACAUAGUAUAUCAACCUUGUGGAACCCCCCCACCCCCAUUACAAAAAAAUGGUGCACAUUUUUUUUUAAUUUUUAAAAAAUUUUUUUUUUUUUUUUUUUAUGUGCCAGUGUGUAUCUGUGUUUGAUACACACACACAUACAUCUUGACUCACAAAUGCACACACAUACACACACUCAGAUACGCACUUACAAACACACUGGCGCACAUACACUCUCACUGACAGACACUCAUACAAGCACACAUGCACGCACACACACGCAUACAAACUCCUUAACUGAUGCACACACUAUUUUUAAAAAUUUCACUCCACCCAGCCUCCCUACCUUUGGGAGUGCUGUCAUGGAGUCUAUUUCCCUGGGGUCCAGUGUGGCUGCUGGGCUGAGCGGCUGAUGUGCGGGCGGCGAGGGAGCAGUGAUCUUCCUGCUCAGCUCCCUAGCGUUCCUCUUAGUGAUGCAGGAGCCGGAGUGACGUCAUAUUCCGAUUCUGGCAUCACUGCUGUGCAAGGGAGCUGAGCAGGGGAGAGUGCUGCAUCAAUUAUCGCGGCGGCCAUUUUGUUUCCUGAAAUUUUGGCGGAACCCAAUUUGUGUUCUCACAGAACACCAAUUGAGAAACACUGCUCUAAAGAGAUAUUUAUAUGUUCCCUUUCCCGUUGAUUAUGGAAAUUGUUACUCCAUUUAUUGAAUUUGCACUAGUAUACUAUGGGAUACUAUAGAAAUCCAAAUGGCUUUGGCUUAAUGAAGCAGUUUUGUGUAUUGGCCAUGCCACUGCAGUCUCUAUUCUCAAUUCUCUGCCAUUCAGGAGUUCAAUCAAUCUUGUUUAUGCAGCCCUAGCCUCACCUCCCAUGAUAGUAACUCACACAGCCUGUGUGAAAACAAAAUGGUUUAAUUUUCAAUUAGAUGUAACUUUCCUUAAAAGUUUUUACCUCCUUUUAGUUAAACUUUACAUACAGUAGAUUCCUGCAGUUAUGAGUUAAAUCACUUUAUCUACCCAUAGUCACACCUACCUGCAUGUGACUUUCACAGACUUCCUAAGCAUUUCCUCUAAAGAGAUGUAAUGUUUAAACUUCCUGCAUUGCACAUUCUGUUUAACUUAGAAUUUAUCUACUGAUCUGUUCGUGCCCAUUUAGUCCUUACAGGAGCCUCCUGUGUGAUUAAAGUUACAUUUAUAUAGCAGGAAAUAAAAAUUACAAAACUUAACAUCAGAUUGAAAAUGAAACUUUUUUUCAAUGCAAGUUGUGAGAGUCACAACGAGGGAAGGUGUGGCUAGGGCUACAUAAUCACAAACAAUAGUGUGUCCUAAAUGGCAGAUAAUUGAGCAGUGAGACUGCAGGGUGAUGAUCUAUAAACUAAAAGUGCUUCAAUAAGCUAAAGUUCUUUUGAUGCCUAUAGUGUCCCUUUAACAAACUGAACAGAACUACCUAAACCACAUUGUGAAUUUGAAUGAAUAACUUUCAUUUCUUAUUUCAAUUGCAAAGAUUGUGUUGUCCCCCUUCCCCCAAGACACUGAGCUCAAAUAUACAGAUGAUGGUGCUGGGCUGCACUCAUUGGCUGAAAGUGCUUCAUAUGACACUCUCGGGCAAUGACCUGUGUCAAUAGAGUUAACUGUAGUGGUUAUGGUGAUUGCGGUGCUUGGUUAAAUUGAAUACAUCUUAUUGUAAAUGUGUUGGAAAAACAGUACAAUAUGCAUCUGUAGACUGAGCAAAAGCUACUUAAUAUUCAAGAGCAAAUUCAGAAAGUUUCCAAGUAUAAAAUGAAAACACGUGUUGUGUGUGUGGUUUUUUUUUUUUUUUUUAAACUUCUCCAUAUGUGGCGAACAGAACCUCGCCACAGGCUCCUGGAGGAGCUAGCUUGCCAGCCUCCUGCCUCUAUGGGCCCUGCAAUAUACCUUGCCCAAUGCACUUUAAAAGGCUCCGUUCAUGUGAUUUUUGUACUCCAGAAAGAGAGACAGACAGUAAGCCCUGACUCCCUGGAACUGUUUUGGGCAUAGGACCAUGUGCACGUUCGGUCAAAAUUAUGACUUCUAUGGAAAUCCCGAAUCCCUGAACCGAUCUGGGUGAUAUUUGGAUAUGUUGGUGCCACAGAUGGGGCCUAUCAGGGGAUGUGACUUUUGUGGGGUUUCCAUGUUUCUCUUCACCCUCAGAAUAGAGCCUCGUCUCGUGUGUAGGGAAAAGCUAUAUUCACUCUGGGGAUUGCUAUACUCAUUAUACUCCCUUGGAUUAUAAUCACUAGCUCUUAUAAGAGCUAUCCUGCUUUACGCUCUGAAUUGGGAGAGGUCUACCCACUGGAAGUUGGGCCCAGGGUAGGUGGAGGACAGCGAGACCCCAACCAAGCUGUAACACUGGCUGGAGCCGAAUGGGGAUCUCGCUCUAUCCACCCCCAGGCACUAGACGACAUUCAGUCCUGGGAACUCUAGUCCUUACAAGGACUUUCUCAGUUGAGUCCUCCACACUGGGAACAGUGAUUAGCCCUUUCCCCUCCCAGUAACCAGACCACACAUAGUUCUGGGAGAAUAAGCUGGAAUACUUUAAUCUGGCCAUAUGGCCUGCUUUUAUACAGUUUAGACACAGUCAAACACGCCCAAAACACUCCCACACAAAACAGGAUAAUCCCUCCCUCUGGACCUGAGAGGAGACUAGUUACAAGCAAGCAUCUAACAUACUCCUCCCCUGUGCCUGAGAGAUAAAUACCUGAGCACACAAUUGAAUUAUAUCUCAGUGCAGAAACUGGCAAUAUAACAACCCCCAAAACACAUGAAAACUCCACAUCAGUCACAUCCGCUGAUAGCCCUUAUCUGGGUGACCAACAUAUCCAAAAAAUCACCCAUGUCAGUUCAAGGGUUUGGGAUUUCCAUGGAAGUUAUAAUUUUGACCGACCAUGCACAUGGUCUAUUGCCCAAAACAGUUCCAUGAAAUCGGUGCCAACGGUCGGUCAAGUUCGGUAGUUUAAAGCAGAACAAACUACCGAACACAAUCGCAGUUCUACCCUGGAACACAGUGUCAAUUGGGCUUAAGAAGCUCCCAGGUGGUCUCUGGUUCAUGUGGUUGUUGGUUGUUUUCCCAAACAGAAUAGAGAAUGGGCACGAACCAAGCCAGUUAAAGGACCACUCUAGGCACACAGACCACUUCAGCUUAAUGAAGUGGUCUGGGUGCCAGGUCCCUCUAGGAUUAUCCCUUUUUUAUAUAAACAUAGCAGUUUCAGAGAAUGUUAGCAGUUUCUGCUAUGUUUAUAAUAGGGUUAAUCCAGCCUGCAAAUCCUCUAGUGGCUGUCGCAUUGACAGCCGCUAGAGGCGCUUGCGUGAUUCUCACUGUGAAAAUCACAGUGAGAAGACGCAAGGGUUCAUAGGAAAGCAUUGUAAAUGCUUUCCUAUGAGACUGGCUGAAUGCGCGCGCAUUCAGCCGAAAGGGAGGAGAGCUCCCCGCUGGAAAAAAGGUAUGUUUUCCUGGCACUAUAGUGGUCCUUUAACUAACUAGUCUUUUAUAGGUUUCCCUGCAGGGCCCAUUGUCUGUGGGCAGGAGGUUGGAAAGCAAGCUCCUUGAGGAGCUCGUGGGAAGGGGAGUUUUUCACAGUCCGCACAUAAUUAUAAAUAUCUCUCUAUCUCUCUCCUUCGGUAACCUGACAACAGUUUUCAGUGUUACCAGGUAAGGAAGAACUACUCCCAAAGUACACAGAUGACUGAUGGUAGGACUUCCAUGAGAGAACAUUCUGUUGCGUACUCUUGUUAGAGUUCUGGUAGCUUGUGUUUUUAUAAAAGUGUUCUGCAAGUGAGAGAUGAUAUAUUUUAAGUGUGGAUUAACAAUCCCGAUAUUUGUAAAGGGACUGUCUUAAGCACUAUAAUUCUAUGCAUGCAGUUUGGUUUCCUGUCAAAAUAUGUUAAAGGAACACUGUAAGCAUUAUAUAGUAACCAUGUCACCUUAUUGAAUUGGUUGUUCAAAUUAAUGCUUCCUCAUUAUCCCAAGCAGCACAAACGGGGGUGGCUGUUGGGGGACUCAAAAAAACUAACUAAAAAAAGGUCUAAUGCUGAAUGGAACAGUGCUAGGGGACUCCAGACUGUUAAAGUGCCUACAGUGUACCCCCAAACCGUUACUGUGAUUUUAUUUUUAUUCUUGCACUCAUUCCUCUAAAAUGGCAACUUUAUCAGAAGUGCCUUGUUGGUUUUCCUUUUCUUUCUUCUGAGUGAAAAUGUGUUAUUUAGCAUCAUAUUUCUUUAAUGGUUUUGUAUUUUUUUUUUUUUUUUCUUCUCUGUAAUCACAAUUCUUUAUCUUGUGUUUUCUGUAUAUUUCUCCUACACAGUAAAUCGUUUCCAUGGGUACUCCGUAUGAUCCCUGCAUUUUAAUCAGUACAUUGCAUACUUUCUUCUUGGCAUUUUUGUCUUUUCUCAAAAAACGAUUUUUGAUAUGAGAAUAGGCUAAAACACAACUUCCUGACCUUCUAACAGUACUCACCAUGCACCAAUAAUAAUUAGAUGUCCUCUUUGACCUGCCACAUCAUUUAUUCCAGGAAUUCAGCCUACAUUCACUGGAACUAGAUGUUUCUGUUAACCAUCCUUUUCUUAUCCAUAUGCUUCCACUCUCGUCUGUCCUGCUUUGGUUAUUGCAGCCCUACUCUUGGCAGCAAUCGGAGUGAUCUGCUGCAGUCAGGCUUGUCUAUGUGUCUGCUGCUACUCUGUGAUGCCCUCCGUAGAUUUACGGUUUCAGAUCACAUGUGCACUAUGCUCACUCCCUGUAAAUGUUGUGUGGAGAACGGAGUGUGUACGUUCUGGUUUAGAAACUGCUUAAAGUGAAACACACCAUUCCUCCAAACUGUGCUGGCCUUUACACAAUAAAGCCUCUGAUACUUUUAAAGUCUGUUUCACAGGCUUUCCUGGGCGAUGUUAGCUUCCUUUAUCCCCAUGCCACCAUCACCUCCUGUUGUGAUUUCUUACAUAAGUCAAGUCACAGGGCUUCCCAACAUUAUUUUGUACCUCUGGCAAACAGCCUUUUGUGUUUUUUGUUUAAAUUUUUCUUCCGUGUAGAUGUUAUGCAAAUCCAUGAUUCACUGUAUCAUUUAUUUAUAAAGAGACAAAUCAGAUUGUUUCUUCGCUUUGCCAAAUUGCAUAUAAUGUUUGAGAGGGGCUAAGUGCGGUGUUUAGUUGUCAUGGAAACCUAUAAACCUGAAUAGAUAAUGGGGAGUUUUUGCCUCUGGUAUAUGAAUAUUUGGAUUCUGCAGAAUAGUUAUGAAGUCCCACAAAUUUAAAUUAACACUAUGCUUACAUAACCAGCACGACUUUAUAAACACCUUAUACCACCCACCAUUGGGGACAAUGUACUUUGUAAAUCUGAGUGGGGGGAUGGGGGUGUGAAUACUUUUCUAGCAACAGAGUUUUCUACCCUACGUUUACUCUGUGUCACUAUACCCAGUCCCUCUAUCCAUGUAAGCUUAUUGAGCAGGGCCAUCCUGUCCGUCCAACUUGUCUGGUUACAAAUGUGUUCGUUAGUUCACCCAUUGUACAGCGCUACGGAAUUUGUUGGUGCUUUAUAAAUUAUUUAUAAUAAGAGCGAUAUAUACGUCGCAAGUUUUCUUCCUGUGUGUGUGUGUGCAAUGACAGGAAUGUGUUUGUACUAAAGAUAUGAGUUAUAGGUUUUAUGUGGUAAAGAAAACCACUUUUUCAUUUGUGAGUAUUGUUUUAUAUCUUUAAUUUCUCAAUAAUAAAUAUGCAAUUAUUCUGGACCGUAUUGAAAACUGUACAUAGUCAUGAUUAUUGUGCCUCCAGCAAACAUUCCUUGGAUGGAAACCUGUGCAAUAUUCUGUUUAUGAAAUUUAUAUGUUUAUCAAUGAACGCUUGUAUCUUUAAUAUGCAUUCUAAGAUAAUUUUUGCUGUCUUCUUCAGAUUUGGUUCAGUCUUCCUCUGGGACACUGGCUCAUCUGUGGGAGAAAUUGCUGGACACAACAAAGUCAUCAACUCUGUGGACAUCAAACAAACAAGGCCAUAUCGUCUUGUAACUGCUAGUGAUGACAACUGUGCUGCUUUCUUGGAAGGCCCUCCUUUCAAGUUCAAGUUUACAAUAGGUGUAAGUUUUUUUUUUUUUUUUUUUUUUUGUUUUUUUUUUAUCUAUUUAUUUUUAAUUUUUCUGUUUUUGGUGCAAUACUUCCCUGGAGAGGGAUAUUUGUAUUUUAAUUUAUGAGAACAAAACUGGUCCCUGAGAAAUCCCUCUAACCUUUAGAAUCUUUGAAUGAAUCUAGUCACGCACUGUGUACGAUAAUAGAUCUUGAGGCACAAACUUACAAGUCCCCCAGGGGUUUAAAUCAACAACAUGUUUAUAGCUCAAAUAUGGUAAAUAUCCUUGGUUAUUCUUGUCAUCUAGUUAAUGCCACGUCAGAACUGUUGGAAUAUAAAGUGAUUUACAUUAUCCUUUGUUUUUAAGUGCCGAACAUGUAAUGUAAGACUAUAUCCAGUCAGCUAUGUAUGGGUUUCUUGAAAAGGAAAAAUUGUGCUUGUAAGAAAUGGUCAUAACAUAAUCGUAUAAGAGCGUAAAUGUAUUCUUCAGUUUGUAAUACUAGGGAAUAUUCAGUUUCUGUCCGGCCUAAUUUGCAAUGUCUUAAACAACUAAUCCAAACCUUCUUUCAUCUCUCUUUUAACUCCAAAUGGGAUUGCUUCUCAGGCAGGGAAGCUAUUGUCAUUAAAAUGUGCAUAUAUUUUAAUCUUAGUGGUCACAAGACAUACCAGAUGUUUUAGGGAUUAAAUAUUCAAUUAAUCCAUUAUUUAUGCUCAAAUUAAAAUCCCAAUCAGUAGUACUAAUGGUGAUUGUUGGUCUGCUUCAAAUGACAAUUGACUUGCAUUGUUUAACAGAAGUCGUGGAUCAUUGGAUACAUUUUCUUUUUUGCUUUUUGUGCUCCAUAAGGUAGCAGGUGGCUUACACCUCAGCACGUUUUAAAUAUGUUGUGCUACUAUAGUUUUGUGCUGGCAGACUAAAUAUUUGGGGUGUAAUUGUCGCUGGCCACAAUACAAGCAUGUUUACGACUUUUGUUUCACGGGGUGAAAGGGUUAAAGAAUGACCAUUUGUCUGCACUUGACUGAGAAUGAUCAAUAAAUCCUCCAUAAUACCACCCAUAUAUAAUUCUAGCAUCAAAAGCUGUCACCACUAAGGCAAUAUGUCAAUUUGGUGAUUUAUACAGCCCAACACGUAUUUUGGUGUGAAAACUCCUUUGUUGCCCCCUUAACCUCUUAUGGACACAUGACAUGUGUGACAUGUCAUGAUUCCCUUUUAUUCCAGAAGUUUGGUACUUAAGGGGUUAAAGUGCUUUCACACUGAAAUGCACGUUGGGCUAUGACAGGCAUAGGCAACCUUUGGAACUUUAGAUGUUUUGGACUACACCUCCCAUGAUGCUUUGCCAGCAUUGUGGGUGUAAGAGCAUUAUGGGGGAUGUAGUCCGCAACAUAUGGAGUACCGAAGGUCGUCUAUCCCUGGGCAACGAGGUACCUGGUAUUUGCAUGCAGAUUCCUACCAAUAGCCUUUUCUUAACAAGAUCACCUUCUCGUAGACAUGCAUGCCCUAUAUGCCAAUAAAAAAACAGAAACAAUGUGUAUACAGGCGCUUAUAAUUAUUGUAGUGGGAAAAUUGUGCUGCUACCACCAAUGUGCAAACCUCUCACAAAUUGACACAAGAUAACGUAUAGAAAGUGAAAGGAAUGGUACAAAAACCAAAUCCAAUCUGUAAGUGGAGCGCUCCAAGUGAAUAAACUCACCCCACUCUUGGUCUAUAUAAAAUGACCUGUAUGUGGGGAUAGAAUGAACAAUAAUAUAGUGUAGUAUAUUGUAGAUAUUAUUGAGAAUAAUAGUGGAGAAUAUGAAACCACUCACAUGGUUCUGAGCCUUAACGGGACAGGCUCAGAUCUCUCAAGCAGGCGUGUUUUAGGAUCACACGAAACCUAUAUAUAGGCAGAAUGUUCUUGAUACCUUCAACGGAUAGAAACCACAAUAUAGUGUAGUAUAUCAGCAUAAAUAUAGUUGCCAAAAAGUUGAAAAUUGCUCACCUGGUUCAGAGCCUAAAUCCUGGCUCUGAAUGUAUAGCUUUAUGUGUCAGAAAGGGGACACAAAACCCUUUUGGAUAAAUAGCAGGAACACAGGAUACUGGAAUCAACAGUGGAUUGUAGGAAAAACAAUUUAUUAUAAAAUAUAGACUAGCUAUAACAAAAAUUAAAAUAGAAAUUAAAAACUAUAUAAAAAUACAGUAUAAAUAUAGGAGAGUCCUUUAUCUUGUUGAUCCUCAGACGCGUUUCGCCCAGCGGCUUUUUCAAUCGGUGUUUUCAUCUGUGUUCCGGUUUUCUUUUUAUAUCCUCAAAAGAGCCUUCUUUAAUUGCGGAUGAUCGGCGGCUGUGUUGCGUGACGUCAUUUCCGCAUGUGUCAUCUUCUAGAGCGGUCGCAUUUCAAUUAGUUCGUACACCUAUGAGUCUUUGAUCGCCAUCUUGUUUGAGGGCAAAAUGCGAUCGCUAUAUAUACGUCAAGAGUCUCUCACAUAGAGACAUCGUAAAGGGUAAAGACAGAUAGAUAAAAAGAUUACUUACAUGAGAUAUUCACAUGGUAAUUAAAUAAACUUAUUGCCUUUAAUACUAUCAUUUGUGUGUUUCUUUUUCUUUACCUAUACCCCUAAAGACACUACACUCCAAUAUUUAUAAGGCAUAUACAAGCCACCUUUUAAGGUUAUAAUUUUAGCAUAAUAUGUAUCUAGGCCUAUGGCAGGAUUUAAAUAUAUAUAGAUUGUAACAAGAUAAUAUUCAAUCUAUAUGUCGUAGAUAAAGUGGACUAUCUAAGAUCUAAUGUCAAUAUAUAUCCAUAUCUCAGAGUAAUGAUAGCCUUGAAUCACAGGCUGUCAUCACCUGCCUCUUAAAGGGAUAGGAUUCAUUAAGUGAGAAACUGGAAAGGAAAAAUUUGUACAUCGGUGUAUGUAUAUGUGUGUGUGUGUGUGUGUGUGUGUAUGUGUAUAUAUAUAUGUGUGUGUAUAUAUAUAUAUAUAUAUAUAUAUAUAUAUAUAUAUAUAUAUAUAUAAUGUGUGUGUCUUUAUAGAUAGUAUUAUUGAUACAGCACAUACCUGUCUCUCCACACUUAAAGUGCCAUUAUGUUAACGAAUAAAUAAUGAAAUAUAUAGACUUAUAUAUUAGGGAGUGGACUGUGGUAGCAUAUAUGAUAUAUUAACAAGCAAGUUCCAUCACAAAAAAUGACACAAUUCGAAGUCAUUGUUCAAUCCGUGAGGUAGCAUGGUGUUUAAAUUAAAAAUCCACCUCAUUUCCAUUUGGCCCAAAGAUUGUAUUACAUCUCCACCUCUCCAAUUUUGGGUGAGUUUUUGUAUCCCCAUAAAUUGGACUAAUUCGGAAUUCUUCUGAUGGAAUUUUAAAAAAUGGAGAGAGAGGCUGUGUUUUUCGAAACCAUUUUUAAUGUUUCUAAUGUGUUCCUGUAUACGUACAUGGAGGGGACGGAUAGUCCGUCCUACGUAUACAAGGCCACAAGGGCAUAUAAUGGUAUAAAUGACUUUCUUAGAGUAGCAUGUAAUUAAUUCGUUUAUUUUAAACUUCUGUUCCGGAUUCUUUGGAUGUGUAAAAGAUGUUAUAUGUCUUUUUUUAUUUUUAGUAUUUUUGCAAGCUGUGCAAUUACCACAGCCAAAGAAACCUUUCUUGUCAUUCAAAAAGUUGAGCUCCUUUUUUGUUUUAAUGUGAUUAUGUACUAAAGUUCUAUUUAAACUCGGAACACCUCUGUAGACUAUAGUAGGUCUAUCUGGGAGUAUAGAGUUUAGUAUAUGAUCAUUUUUCAGAAUAGGCCAAUACCUAUUCAAAAUUCUUUUAACUUGUUUAUUUUUACAAUUAAAAUCACAUAUAAAUACAGGAUCUUUUUUAUUUGGGUCAUUAUUCUUUUCUUUAUAUGUUAGUAGUGACGAUCUUUCUUUCAGUUUAACUUCUUCAUAUGCUUUACUUAAUAAUGAGUCUUCAUAUCCUUUAUCCCUAAAGUUUUGUAGAAUAGUCAAUGCUUGAUCUUGGAAGAUUUGGUCAUUAGUACAAUUGCGUUUUAUUCUAAGCAAUUGGGCCUUUGGGGCAUUGAGGAGCCAAGGGGAAAAAUGGCAGCUGUUCUGAUGUAUAUAACUGUUAACAUCUGUUUUCUUAAAAAAAGUAUUAGUUUUUAACAAUCCGUCUUCUACGUAUAUAUUUAAAUCUAAAAAGUGUACCUGAGUUUUACUAAAGUUGGUAGUUAAUUUUAUUCCCCAAUCAUUCGAUUCCAGGUGGGAUAGAAAGGUUAGGAGUGACUCUUCAUCUCCUUUCCAAAUAAAGAAUAGAUCAUCAAUAUAUCUGCGAUAGGUCACGAGGUUCGACUCCCAUCUAUCGUCACUGUAAAUGAAUUGGUGUUCCCAAUGGGACAUAAAAAGAUUCGCAUAGCUGGGAGCGAACCUCGUGCCCAUCGCAUUACCACACUGUUGGAGAUAAAAAUUAUCCCCAAACCAGAAAUAAUUAUUGCGGAGUAUCCAAUCUAUACCGCUGAUAAUGAAGUCUAUCUGUUCUGGAUGGAAUUUUUGUGAACGUUCUAAAAAUGUUUUGGUUGCUAAACAGCCCCUUUCAUGGGAAAUUAUAGUGUAUAGAGAUGUUACGUCAGAUGUCACUAAGUAGAAAUCAUCCUGCCAUUCAAUGUUGGUAAGAACCUGUAAGAUACUAAUAGUAUCCUUCAAAUAGCUAGGGCAUUGUUGUACAAUAGAUUGUAAAUUUUUGUCGAUGUAUUGUGAUCGACUUGAGAUAGAUCCUAUUCCAGAUAUUAUAGGUCUUCCUGGUGGAUUUGUUUUAUCUUUAUGAAUUUUCGGGAGGUAAUAAAAUACCGGUAUCUUAGGGUGUGUGAUACUUAGAAAAUUAUAUUCCUUUUUAUUUAAUAUAUUUCUCAUUUUCCCUUUCUCUAUCAAUAUAUUAUAAUUGGUUUUGAUUUCUUCUGUAGGAUCUUUGUUAAGUAUUAUAUAUGUAUUUGUAUCUCCCAAGAUUUUAUUGGCUUCCUUCAUAUAGUCCGUAUAUUCUAACAGGACUAUUCCACCCCCUUUAUCUGCGGGUUUGAUAACAAGAGUGUUAUCUUUUUAAAAAUCUUUUAAAGCAAGCCUCUCUUUAAGGGUUAAAUUUUGUUCAUAUUUAUUUAGUCCCUUUAUCUUAUUGAUAUCUUGCAUCACCAUUCUCUCAAAGGUAAUCAUUUCUUCCGAAAUGCAACAUUUAGGGAAAAAUUUAGAUGGUUCUUUUAAAUCAGUGUGAAUAAAUUCUGAUUGUUCUAUUAAAUUAGAUUGUUCUGGAUAUUUCACAAAGAACUUUUUGAGGCACAGUUUCCUUUUAAAUCGGUUCAUAUCAAUAAACAUAUCAAACUUAUCUAUGUCUUUUGAGGGGGCAAAUUUCAGUCCUUUUGCUAAUAAUGUAUUUUGUGAUGGAGUUAAAAUUCUCUGCGUUAAAUUAAAUAUUCCCCCAUUGUUAGAUGAUGUUAGUAUUUGUUUUUUCUGUCUUUUCUGUACGUAAGUUCCUCCUCUAUUUCCCCGUCUUCUGGGCUUCUUUGUCUUUUGUUUAAUAUUUUUGGAGAGAAUGGGAUCUCUUUGUGUCUGUCUCUCAUGUAUGAUUUCUGAAAAUCCUCACCUUGUGAUGGCCUAACUAUAUGAUUAAAUCUGCUUGAUGGGACACAUAAAGCUAUACAUUCAGAGCCAGGAUUUAGGCUCUGAACCAGGUGAGCAAUUUUCAACUUUUUGGCAACUAUAUUUAUGCUGAUAUACUACACUAUAUUGUGGUUUCUAUCCGUUGAAGGUAUCAAGAACAUUCUGCCUAUAUAUAGGUUUCGUGUGAUCCUAAAACACGCCUGCUUGAGAGAUCUGAGCCUGUCCCGUUAAGGCUCAGAACCAUGUGAGUGGUUUCAUAUUCUCCACUAUUAUUCUCAAUAAUAUCUACAAUAUACUACACUAUAUUAUUGUUCAUUCUAUCCCCACAUACAGGUCAUUUUAUAUAGACCAAGAGUGGGUUGAGUUUAUUCACUUGGAGCGCUCCACUUACAGAUUGGAUUUGGUUUUUGUACCAUUCCUUUCACUUCCUAUAUGCCAAUAGACCGCAAAAUCAGGGUUUUAACCAGACAGAGGUAAUUGUUGAAGUUCUGAAUCAAUAGAAAAUCAAAAAUUUGCACAUUUGUCUUUGCUCAACUGCAACUUAAAUGGACAUUAGUUACCAGAACCACUACAGCUUAUUUUAGUGGUCCUGGUGUCUAUAGCAUGUCCCUGCAGGCUUUUCAAUGAAAAUGCUGCCUUUACAGAGAAAAGGCAGUGUUUACAUUGCUGCCUAGUAACACCUCUAGCGGCAGUCACUCAGACGGCCACGAGAGGUACUUCCUAUUUCAGUGCUGCACUCAUCGCACAUUGUGACGUUAGAGGCAAAGCUAGUGCUGAGGGAGCUUGGCGCUGGGAAGAAGUAAAUGGUUUUUAAAGUAGUGGUGUGUUUGUGUUUUUUUUUUUUGUAACUCUGGGUAAUGGUGGUGGGGGGUGUGACAGACAGAGUUAGGAAUACAGGUUUGUUUGUUUUUAUUUUUGUAUUACUAACUCUAUAGUGUCCCUUUUUAAAACUCACUCUGUAAAGGACAGCAUGGAACAUCCCAAUACUGUGAAGGUUAAUGGAAUUGUUUAAAGCUGAGAUUAAGGGUUACUCUGUUUUUCUGACAGCCAAUGCUAGUGCCUAAGAGCUUACAGAUUCCAAACAAACUCUUUAUUUUCAUACUUUUUUUUUUUUUUGCAUAAGUUUUUCAUGCCCAUUAAAUUCUGAAAUAUAAUUAUUUUGUUUUACUUGCACCUCAUUUAGAUAUUAUGGAAAUGCUACUAGACUUAUGUAUUAAGCUGGAAUGUGGAAAAUGUUAGAGUAGGCAAAUUACCGGAAGAGGCUAGGUGCACGUUUUAUUUUAGUUAUUUGAAUAAUUACUUUGGCUAAAUGUGGUGAAUCUGAAUGAAGACUUUUAUCCAAAGCAUUUUUAAUGAUUUGUUAGAAGUGGAAGGUUUUUCUUUGGAUUUUUUUUUUUUCUUUCGAUUUACACAAAUCUAAAGGCUAUUUUGCAUAAGUCUUCAUUUUAAAAGGAGAUAUUCUAGUCAAAUAUUUUGGGUGUGUGUAUAUAUAUUGUGUUUUUUUUUUUUGUUUGUUUGUUUUUUUUGUGCAGUUUAUACCUUUCUACCUUGUAUAUUACUAAAGUCCUGAAAUUGUGAUUUCUGCAAAUGCGUAGGUUGUCAAUUACCUGUGUUCAUAUAAUGUUUUGUAUGACCUUGAGGUUAAGUAGGAACCGGUUUUAAUACAGUCAUUGCCUUUAGAACCUUACAUUUUCAGAUGUCUAAUGUGAAAUCUAAUAAAGCAACAAAUUGCUCUAGCUUUGACAGGACAGCCUGACCUACAAUGUGGGAAAUGUAAAUUACAAAAGAAAAUGGCACAACCCAUUUCAACAACAGUGUGGUAGUGCAAAAUAUCAGAUGUGAUCUUUCCGCUUUUGGAAGCUAAAGAAAAUUCCUUGUUGUAAAUUGCAACAUUUCUGAACUGGAUGGCAGAUGUGCAGUCCGGAAUGUUUUUACAUUUAUUUGAAUAUGCUUGGUUUUGAAAUGGUUUCAUUGUGAACAUGCUGUAUUGUCUAGUAGAAUGGUUAAAUUGUAUACCACAGGCUACUAUACCGGAACACUUUUCUGUUCGAUUUAACGUCUGACUGCUGAUUUGAUGUUUCUAGGCUGAUCUGAAGCCUCAUAUAGCCAUGCUGUUGACAGUCUUAUAAAUACUAUUUCGGGCCAAGCUCAUCUCCAUAGUCUAACUGUUCUUGUUCAGACUAAUCCCAUUAAAACCGUGGAUGGCAACAUACAGAAAAAACAUUGUUGAGGCCAGUGAGGUCUCAUUAAACAGUAACGUUGUGUCACACAGAAUUGGUGUUGCCAUGUGCAGUAAAAGGUAAUUAUAGUUGGACGCCAACAUUUUUUGUGGAUUCAGUACACUGCAUCAAGUUCUUUUUGUUUUUCUAUUUAUCUAUGCUGACCAUGUCUGGGCUGCUUCAGUCUGAGCUCCAUUGCUGUCUCUGUAAAUCUUGUGUGUUUGCAUAGACCGUAUCAAGCCAAUUCCAGGGCACAGCCUUCUGUGAUCAGGACAAAUAGACCUUUAAAUGAAUAUAUAGGGGAGGGGUACUUUGUGGUAGGGUGUAAGACAGAGUGCCUGCUUUGUAGCGUGGCCUAUAUACAAAGGUUUGACAGUUAAAUGGAACAUUAUUAAGCAAAAUUUAUAGAAGCUUUGAGUGUUUAAUUUAUAUCCAUUCUAAGUAAAUGAAUAAGCUUGAUUAAUUUAUUGCCCAUACCUGUAUGGGCAGAAAAUGAAAAGGAACAUUUAGUGUUAGGAAUAUAAAUAUCUAUUCCAAACGCUAUAGCGCCCUAGUCACGGUUUUAAAAAAAUCUCCAGCACAUAGUGGGGGAAAAAAAUGAUCCCUGUAUUGGCAAUCCAGCAACGGUUUCGACUGAGUUUCUUUAUUUAACUUUUUGUUUUCCUACUGAAAAUAGCCAGCAGUUGGCAUCAACAUGCCACUUUUUUUUUUUUUUUUUUUCUUAGAAUUCCCUCUGCUUGUAUACAGGGGCGUACCUAGAGCAUUUGGCACCCGGGGCGGAUCCUGUGCUUGGCACCCCCUUGCCGCCCCGCCCCCAGUGCCAGUUUGGCUCCGCCUCUGAUUUUGCUUAGCUCCGCCCCACUUUUCCUCCUAACUACCAUGGGGCACUGUGCGGCCACAGCUCACACAGCCCCCUCCAGCCAGGGCCGGUGCAAGGAUUUUUGCCGCUCUAGGCAAAAGUAAAGUUUGACGCCCUCCCAUGUGACAUCACAAUGCCCCACCCAUAUGAUUUGCCAUGUUUUCGAACGCCAGUGCUGCAGUGCCGCCGUGUUAACAUUAAAAGGCCUGCAGGGACAGGCUAUAGACACCAGAACCACUACAUUAAGCUGCAGUAGUUCUGGGGACUAUAGUGUUUCUUUAAUGUGAGGUAAAUUAGAGAUUUACAGAGCGCUCGGGCGGCUGCAGCAUGAGCGGGGCCGGCGCUCCUGGCGGCGCCCCAUCCCAAGGCAGCCCCCACCCUGGUGGCACCCGGGCGGACCACCCCCUCCGCCCCCCCUUAGUACGCCACUGCUUGUAUAAAUUCUGAUAUUAGCAGAGGGAAAUCCUUGGGAUUAGAAUUGGUUUAUGGUUUAAGAUUAUGUUUAGAAUAAGUAUUAGAUUUAUUAUAUUAAGUGUAGGAUUUGGUUUAGUUUAGGAUUAGGGAUUUAGAUUGGGAUUAAGAUAGCUAUUUCUUUUUUUCAAAUGUAUACACAUGGCAUAUUGUACUCAGUGGAUGUUGAUAAAUACAGUUGAGAUAAUUACAUUACAGUGGGACACAUGAGAUUGGUAAAAAAAAAAAAAAAAAAACUCAAAAAUACAAUGUGUAUGUAAAAAUGUAUAUCACAAACAUUGAAACAAAUUGUGGAAAAAUGGCACGUCCAUAAAGGUUAAAAUAUGGGAGUCCCCAGAGUAUCCACUUUUUUGCAAAUUAUAUGCAUUUAUGGAGCAAUUUAAAUGUGAGCUACAAAAAUGCACCAUAGUAAGGAUCGACCGAUAUUCUGUACAUUUAAAGUUUUUGAUUUCUACACAUACCUGGCAUUAACUGAACAAUCACACUCCCAUCAUGGUCAGGCAGCCAGUACUUGCUGAGAUCAGAGAGUUCCCAGUAUGUACAGUGCUGUUACUAAUAGAAGUGAUUGCUGAUGACAUUUACACUCUUAUCACUCUCAGCCUGACCAGUACAUGACAUUAGAUUAUUCAUGGUCUCGCCAGCCUACAACAUACAGGGUGGAGUGACGUGAGGUCGUGUCGUGGCACCUCAAAUUUCCAGAUAUGGAAGACUGCGUGCGAUGCCUGGGAGAGGUGAGAAAGUUAAGAUUGAUACCGAUUUUAUUAGCAAUUCAGAAUAUCGACUUUAAUAAUAAGCUAGACCGAUAAUCGGUCUAUCCAUAAACCCAUCUUCAAUUUGCAAUUUUUUGGGGGAAACACUGCAGUGGGUAGGCUAUAAAUUCAGGUCUGUAUUUUUGCAAAAACAUGACUGUGUGUGUGUGUAUAUAUGUGUGUGUAUAUAUGUGUGUGUAUAUAUAUAUAUAUAUAUAUAUAUAUAUAUAUUUACAGUAGCACAUACGAAAUUUACAAAAAAAGGCCUCUAAAUUACAUAGUGAAUGUUUAAACAAUAUGCAAAAAUCUUUUAUUCACAAGUGUGUCUGUAACACAUCAGGUUUGCAAAGUCCCCUGCAAAAAUGUAGUGUGAAUUUAAAGAAAAAAACUAUUAAUGUAGAUUUUUUUUUUUUUUUUUUUUUAAAUCAGACUUUGACAUAAACUUGUGGAAAAUAACAGCAUGUUAAUGCACAAUAUAUACCACGUGAUACCCUGCAGUGUCUACUUGCACAAAUUGUAGAUGUGUGGUGUAAUUUUAAGUCAAAAUUUUAUAACGCACCAAAUUAAAGCACAGACCCAUUAAAUCAUCUAUCAAAAAUCUAAUGGUCAAGUCUCUUAUAUGACAGUGUAUCUUUAUAUGAUGGUGACCAAGACAUACAUUGGGGGUGUUGUAAGCUGAACACAACAUGGGGUUUUGCACAGAAGUAUGUGCAGAACCCUCAAAAAACCCUUAAAAAAAAUUAAAAAAAAAUAGCUUUAUGUGUUACAAAAUAAAAUUUAAAAAAAUGCAAUCUUACCACAAUAGUUGGCGGUAUUUAAUAUUUGUCAGUUAAGUGGCUACUUUAUAUAAAUAAAGUGUAAAAAAUCCUUGGAUAAAUAGCCUGUGAUGUCUACGUUAUAUGAAUAUAUGCUUUUGUGUGGCAAUCUAGAUUUCUGUGAUCUAUCGACAUAGCAAAUUCUAAAAAAACUCCACAUUGGAGGUAUAUAAUAUGUGUUUGUGUAAUUAAUUAGACAGGUGGGAAUUGAAGUUGAACACACAAAAUUGCUUCUGUCCAAAUGUGAAAGACAAACAAAUGAAGCGGUGUCCUAAUGGGGUUAAUGAAUGUGUGUUACUCGUGGGUGCAUAACCCUGGAGGCCAUAUUUUGGCUGACACCAUGAAUUCCAGGAGGGUGGAGACCCUACAGAGUGUAGUAGUAAUUUUUCUUUUAAGGAAUUUGCAAAGCUGUGUUUAGCUAUAUAGUUCCUUGUAAGAGACUUUCUAAAAACAUUUUUAUUUAAAAAUAAGCAUGGACAAAUUCCUUCACUUCACAAAGUGCUCGAAUUGUGUUUUUGAGGGCUGAAAGUACCAGAGGUUAGCAAAUGAAGCGGAAGCUGUGUUUAAAUGGAAUAAGUAAUUACUUUUUAUUUUAUUUUUUUUGUUUUUGUUUUUUAUUGGAAGCUCCAUAUCCAUUUUCUGGAUCUCGAUCAGAUUGCUCUUUACAAAACCUUUUCAUCCACAGACUGGUACUCUUUGUGAAUUCAUCAAGGGAGACCCCCUCUUUGAAUAAUCCGCCCACCCUCCCUAAUUUGAAAAUGUUGUAUACAAGACAUAUUUCCUAUAAGUUAAUAGAAUCCUACAUAUUUACCAGGGUGUUCAACACUGUGACCCCAACCCUCAUCAUUUCAUUUUAUUUAAAAUAAUACAAUUUGUGGGAGGAAAAUGGUAUAUUUGAGUGUUGUUUCCCUGUAACAAACCACGUUAAAUGCAUGAAAGAUUCAUUGCUGGGAUGCUCAAAAUAAAUAGCAUUAAGUACAGCUUCAAAUUAUAUGAAAAAUGUGAAUAAACAGUGUCAUACAGUACUGCAAAUACUAAAUUCUUGUAGGUGUGUGGAAAAAUAGAUAUAAUAAUUCCGUCAUGUCUCUCUCCACUUAUGGUAAUGUAGAAUGAUCUGGAAUAACUUUUUUUGGGGGGAAAUGCCAUUUAAAUUUCAAGCAGCGAUAUCUUCCAAAGGGAGCUUACAGUAGUUGGAAAUGGGACUUUGCAUAAAACACUUUAUUAAAUUAUCCAGUUAAAGCAACUUUUCAUUGCACAAGCAACAGUAAUUCACAGGAAAAUAGAAAGCCAUAACAAGCACAACACCUUUCUCCUACUUUCAGCAGCUGAAAAAUAGAUGCCUUCCAUCCUUCCGGUCUCAAUGAAAUGGAUCCGUUUACACUGCUGGUAUUAGAUUUGUUCAUUCUCUUACUGGGCCAUCUUAUCUGUUCGGGGUUUUUUCUUUUUUUGUGUGGAAACUGUGGUACAUGAGAUGCAUUGAAAGCUUAGCUAAGUUUACCUUAUAAAUUCUUCAUAGGGGAAAGUAGAUCAGUUUUGAAUAUAAAUUAAUCAUUUUGUUAGCCACUUGAGGCUGACUUUUGUUAUUUAACCUUUUAGUGCAAACAAAAGAACAAUUGUGUCUUGACACUAAAUUUCUUAAAUACAUAUUUAUGUAAAAAAAAAAAUUGCUUUAAAGGGGAUUUUAUGGUGUUAGGAAUACAAAUCCUUAUUCCCAACGCUCUAGUGCCCUCUGGUCCCCCCCUCCAUCCCCCUCCCUUGCAGCCACAAAAACCUUUACGCUCUUAUCAGAUUCCAGCACCAAUGUCCCUCUGCGCUGGGUCAGCGCUCAGCUUUCUCAGAUGUCAUCCAACAGGGGGUCCUAGUGCCACAUGCAUGGCGAGCACUGCAAGCAAGUUAGGCCCUCCGUAUUGGAAAGUAUUUCCUCAAUGCUUUUCUAUGAGGUUUUCACUGAUGUUGGUUGUCCUCAUGCAGAGCGUGAGGACAUCCAGUGUCCUUUAACGGAGUCAAACUCCGUUAGAAUCCAGGAAGCGCCUCUUGUGGCUGCCUGACAGUCACUAGAGGCAGUCUUAGUCCUGCCUCUCAAAAACUGCAAUACUUUACAUUGCUGGACUAAGGGGGACAUGGACACUACGGGCACCUAGCCCAUGUUAUUAAGAUGAAGUGAUCUGGCAACCUAUAAUGUUUUAUUAAAUCUGCUACCUCCACUCUAGAUAUUCAAGUGAUUUUUGGUUUCUAGGCAGACGAGUUGGACAUAAGGGAGCAUAAUGUUUAAUUGUUUAACAUACGAAUAGUACUUAAACAUAUCUUUAAAGCCACUUUAAAUGCACGUGAAUCCCCCUCCCCCAGCAUAAUGUGCAGUGCUUAAACCCACUUGAAGCUAGCAUUCUUACACCUAUAUUGUGGAUGACCACCAAGAGACCCAUUCAUUUUUUAUUUAUUUUUUAUUUUUAUAUUCUAAGACAAAUACAAAUGAUACAGGUAUUCAGGAUGGACUUAUGUCCACCUACCUGCAAAGGUUCCUGCCAUAUUUAUACAAAAUGCAUGCUGGAAGCAAUUUAAGCUUGGUUUUAUGCUUUAUGAAAUGAUUUUCCAGGACUUGAUAAAUGUUCUCACUUAUAAAAACCUAGGGAUCCUGAUAAUAGUUUAUCAAUCCAUAUGUGAUCUGUUUAAGAGAAGUCUCUGAUUUACAAGUUUAAGAGACCAUUUAAAAGGAACACUCUGGGCACCGUAACCACUUCAUAGAAAUUAAUUUCCCGAUUCUGCAAGAACCUGAUUUUUAGAAAACGGAAGUGGCUCCCUGGUUGGCUGACAGCCAGUACCUUUUUCAAGCCUGUUGUAUGAAUCUGGAUUGGCUAAGAGCCGUCAGCUGGCUGCUGUUAGGCAAUCAGCAGCGCCACUGCCCUGUUCUGCAAGAGCUUUCUGGUUUUAUAGGUUUUUAGAAGCUGUAACAAAGACUUUUUGGGGUAAAACCGUUUUGAAAAAUAUUUUACCCCUUAAGGCGAGCGAGUGCCAGGGAUGUCCUUGCACCAUAACAACUUAUUUUUUUGUGAAGUGGUUAUGUUGUCUAAACUGUUCCUUUAAUGAUAUAAUAGACUUGUAUCCUGGCUUUUAUCAAACUGCCAUAUUCCACUCACUGUGUUUACAAAUGUUUUGGGGCCGAAUAGCGAAGCUGCACAUACAUUUCAAAUUGAAAAAGAUCCAGGCAUGCAAUGUGGAAGGUGACAAAUUUGGUUACCUCAAGCCUCUUUAUUAAAAUAUUAACAGCAAUGAAAACUCCACCUUGACCUGUAUAGAUAAAUAAUCCUUCAGUAAAGAGGCUUGCGGUUGCCACAUUUUUCACAGUCUAAUGUGUGCCCGGACCUUUUUCUAUUUGAGUCAUGUGCUGCAAUUGAAGUGGUUUGGGGAACCAAGAAUUGGAGCACCAUGGUUACCUUUAAAUAGGGGAACUGGCUUGGACCAUACUAUCAUAUUUAAUCCAUUAACUUGAAGCUAGGGGUUCAAAUAAUGGCAACUUGCACAUGGUAGAUUCCCUUGUUUGCUAAAAAUGGCAAAGCCAGAGAAUGUUUAGUUUGGUUGUGUUGGCUUGAUAUUUCAUUUCUCAUGUUUACAUCCAGUAUAAUUAAUAAUUUCAGACUCUUUAUAUUUUUUUCAGUUUACCUUUUACUUGGAGACCAUGUAACUAACAAAACGAGUUGUAUUUGUGUAUAGGGGAGAUUAAAACUUAGAUUGAUUUGUGGAUGCUUUGAUGGUUGGGAUCCAAACAUUGGGUAUCCUAUGACUGGAAUAGGUACAUCCAAUUCAGACACCAGACAACUGUCGAAAAUAAGUUGUUUGCUGUAGUGGCAUUGAGAAGAGCGUAAUGCAUGUGUUUUGUGCAGUAGAAGGUUCUUCAAGAUGGUCAUAAAACAUUGUUUGGAUCCCUGUCAAACCAGAAUAUGAAGCUGCUGUAGCUCUGAAGCAUUGUUACCUUACAAAUUUAAGUAUAUUUCUACAUAUGACUUUAAAUACUAAAUACAGCUCAGUAAUUUUUUUUAUUUUUUUUAAGGACCACAAUAGAUUUGUUAACUGCAUUCGAUUCUCUCCUGAUGGCAACAGAUUUGCAACAUGUAGUGCAGAUGGUCAGGUAAGUUCUUCUGAAAUUAUUUUUUUUUUAAUUGGAUCUCUGCCUGUGAAAUGCAUCCGUUAUUAAACACACAAACACUGAUUGAUCAUUUAAUAGUAAACAUGCAUGUGAGCUCCUGUUUUCUAAGUAACCAUUAGAUCUUUUUAUGAUGCAUUUCAGAACUAGCUAACCUUUGCAUUUAAAAUUCCUAAACCUGCAGCACUUGAACAGGUUGGUGCCUGCAACACAUACCUCACACAGGUCGGCAAGAUGAUUCCACAACCCAGACUAUCUCGCUGGGUUUCAGCAAGACUUUAGUAAAAAACUGGGACUAGAUAUUCAAUAAUCAGAUUUUAUACAGUUUUAAUGGUGAAUGCAUCAUUAAGCUGUAGAAUCGACUGGAUUCAAAUCAGACUAAAUGAACCCCUUCGCUGCCAUGGUUUAUAGACCUGGUCUUGGUGUAAUUUUGCUAUGGGUUACUGUGUAAAAACAAUUUUUAAAGGACAUUUCUGGCUACUAAUUGACCGAAAUAGUGAGUGUUUUUUUUUUUUGCAGAAUGCGGAAUCCUAAUUCUGUAUCCUUGGCCACACUUACUCAUUCCAGAAAGUGUAUGGACACAAUUCCACUCCUAAUUGCAUUUAGAGUUCUGGAAGCCAAGUAGCUUGCAUGUAUGAGAGGACUCUCAGGAAGGCACAUAGUAAGGAUAUUACUGGCAGACUGACUGCAGCUUUAUUUCAAAUUCAGUGAAGUGGCUUGCAGCCUUCACAGCAGCCAGACAUGUAGUGUUAUACUUACUGAUUCUUUGACUGUGUGCAUUGUGGCUGUCACGCAGCUUAACUGUGUAUGGUAAGCCUUGAACACCAUGGUGGCUAACUGUGCGGAACCCAGAGUGGAAAGGAAACCAAGGGUUACUGCUGGUUGUCCUGCUCAUCGUUGGAAGUGUUCGGAGUGCGGCUAAGCCUGACAUUAUCUGGACUAACUGCAUAUGUACAGAUUUGAAGCAACAUAAGGUUAAAGAGCUUUUCACAAAACCAUGGGAUUCACUCCAACUUUGUUCCACUGAGUUAACCAUCAUUAGGUUGUAAUAAUUGUCCCACGCGGCUUCAUUCCUCUACUCAUACACGUGAGUAGAGGCUUCAUUCAAUCCACAAAAAAGCUGCAGACAGUAGUGAUAGCCUUGCUUAAUAGAUCUGCGCACGUAGCAGGCACGUUUUCAGUCCAGUCUGUAUAAUACAGUUAAAUAAAGCCCAGCAGCUAUGUUUACUGUAUUCCUAUACAUACAAGCAUAUCACUUACAAUAUCCUGAAACUAAUUUAGUUUGUGUGUCUUUGUGUUUUGUAAUAAUUUUUUAUUUUUUAUUUUUUUUCAUUGCAAAUUACUGUAGCUUGCAAUAUUUUUAGCUUGCAUUUUGCUUAAACAAACAUUGUAACCAAGAAUAUUUUAUUUAUUUAUUUAGCAAUAUAUUCAAUAAUUAGCAUUUUUCCUUCAGUUUGUAGAAGUCUCCCUUUUCAUCCUGUAGUAAAAUUGGAAAGUAACUUCUUUUUUUUUUUUUUUGACCACCUAGAAUAUUUACACAAAAACAAAGGACUAGCUGUUAGAAAUUUAAAUAAAAUAUUCUGCUUGGUCACCAGAGUAUUACAAAAAUAAAUGCUUUCUUGUUCCUUUUUUUUUUUUUUUUUUUUUAAACUAUAUAGACCGUGCAUGUAUGUCUGCACUGGCCAUCUUCCCAAUGGAUGUUUCUCCUACUGAUAUAUAUAAUGCAUCAUUCCCCAAACUGUGGAGUGAGACCAGAUUUAAUUAAAAAUCAUCAAAAUAAAACCAGCCGAAAUCUUUUUUUUUUUUUUCAAAUCCAAUUUUGCCCACAGUUUCCUGUUUGUUAAACAUUCUUUAUGAAGGGAAUAGGGAAACUUGCAUAAAUAUUUUACUUUUAGGCCACUUCAACAUUUUAAAACCAAUUUUAACUUGAAAAUGUACUGCUGUUUCUGCAGAUUUUCCUUUAUGAUGGCAAGACUGGAGAACAAGUAUGCAACAUUGGUGAUGGUAAAGCGCAUGAUGGUGGAAUUUAUGCAGUAAGUGGUUUUGUUUUAUUUCCUGGAAAUGGUAUGUAAUUUGGUACCUUCUUACCAUUGUCUAUACUUAAAGGGAUACUCCACUUCCUUAAUUUAAAAAAAUAAAAAAAAAUAUAUAUAUAUAAUUUUCCAUCAUCUAAAAACCGCUUGCGAAAGUUGCAAUUAUGUAGUCUGCAGGCUUUGCAAGCCUUCCCUUUUAACUCCGUCUGCGGCUGUCCAAUCACAGACUUCCCAAUGCAGCUCAAUGAGAAGUCAUUGCAAGGCUGUUGCUCUGCAUAAUUGCUGCCUUUGGGUUUAGCUCCACUGAGCAUAACAACCUGGAGCUAACAGGACCUGUUUUAAUUGUGUAAAUUUUAAGUGCUUUAGGGAUUUGGCGUGGUCCUUUUAAGCUUCUGUCAGAAUGGUGCGUAUUUUUGUAGCUUCUUCACAGACUGCAAAUAAACUUUUGUGCAGUGAAUUGUAAGAUUUCAUUUUUGUAGUUGUUGUUGUUAAAGUGGAUAUAUAAUGCCAACCUGAUCAGAUUAAACAAAACCUGCUGGUACAGUCUGAUAGGCACACAGUGUUUUCCCUGUGUUGCAUUAGUGAGCAAUAAGGCAAAUUUCUGCUGAGUGGAUAAUUGUCCACAGGACAGACAUUUAAAAACUGUGAUCUCAGAAGAGCUGUUCAAUUUUUAUGUUUUAUUAAUUAUUUUGUUUUUCAUUUUUUUUUUUUUUCUCAUUGUAGUUAAAUCUUUUAGUAACAUUGGAGCCAAACUGCAUAUCACUGUUAUUCUGCUAAGGUUUAAACCAAUGUCGGUGGUCAGCUGGCUCUGACACAUUUACAAAAUAUAUUUUACAGAUGUGUGGAGAUUGUUAAAAUGAUUUAAGCCCUGCAAACUGUUUUUUUUGUUUUGUUUGUUUUUAAAAAAUUUUUUUUUUUUUUUAUUGCAGAUUAGCUGGAGUGCUGACAGCAACCAUCUACUUUCCGCAUCCGGGGACAAAACAGCAAAGAUUUGGGAUGUUGCGGCUAACUCAGCAGUCACCACGUUCCACCUCGGCUCGGAUGUGCUGGAUCAGCAGCUAGGCUGCUUGUGGCAGAAGGAUUAUUUGCUGAGUAUUUCUCUGUCUGGCUACAUCAAUUAUUUGGACAAGAAUAACCCAGAUAGACCUUUACGUGUAAUCAAGGUAAUGUUGAAACUUAAUUUUUAUUAAAGGAACACUGCAGCGUUAUGAAUACAAACGUGUAUUAUUAACACUAUAGUGCCAUAGUGGCAGUUUAGGUCCCCAGCACUGCUCAGGUUGCAGUGAAAAGCUAGUUUUACUCCCCUUUUCUCCCUCGCUGCACUGGUUUCGCUGCGGCUGGUCCUGUCUCCAUGGCUGAGAUCAUCUGUCUUGAUCGGAAGCACCUAUAGUAGCAGUUUGAGUGACUGCCACUACAGGUGUUACUAGGCAGCAAUGUAUAAGCCUGCCGGAACAGGCUAUAGUCACCAGAACCACUACAUUAAGCCGUAGUGGUUCUGGUGACUAUAGUGUCCCUUUAGCCUUCUAAAACUACAGCUGCAACCUGAUUCGAAGUGCAGAAAAGUUACCCCAAUCCCUUCCUAAACAUUUCCUUCAAGUAUUCUACAAAACACAAGAGAGCUAACCCACCUGCUUUUAUUCCGUAUGAUUGCCCAGGUACCUUAAAUACACCUUGACACUUGGCAACACUAAUAUUACCUACAAACUCUCCCUCAGGGUAUUUCUAUCCAUCAGUUUCUAAUUCCCCUUGAAAACUCCUGUCUCCAAGACCCAUUCUAAACUUACAUCACAAGCCAUCUUGCUAAGAAGUUUUUAUAAAAUUAUAUUUACUAAAAUACUAUGUAAAUUAAGUAUAUUCCUAUGUUAUUUGUCUCCUUUAUAAAUGUUAUGUUAGCUGUUCAAAUGUUAAUCACCUGCAUUCUUGUGCUUUCAGGGCCACAGCAAGUCGAUCCAGUGUAUGACAGUACAUAAGGGUGAUGGCCGAUCUACCAUUUAUACAGGCAGCCACGAUGGGCAUAUCAAUAUCCUUCUGUGUUUUACUCUUUGGCAUCUAUUCUUUAAAUAGUGCUUACUUGUUUAAUGUAUAAAUAUGAACAGUUGACCAUAAUUGAAUGAAAUGGUGGAAUAAUAAUUAGCAGUCUCUGGGAUAAGCCAAUCAGUAACUUUCUUCUGUGGCAGAAUUACAGAACUGAAUUGUAUUGGCUGGAAUACUAUUUAGUCACCAUCUAGAGGUUGCAUGUGCCAUUGUUGUGAUCUGUACAGUUGACUAUUUAUUUAAUCCAGUUUAGCCAUUUCUGCCUAAACUAUUUGAAUUUUAAAUGUUUCACUUGUUACCUAGUGAAUUAACACUGAGCGAUCAAUUUAAUUUGCAAAACUUUAUUUUAUGAUAUAGAUAUAGAGGUAUAGAAAUAUAUUUUAAAAAAAUAUAUAUUUAAAAAAAAAAAAAAAAAAGUUAAACUCACAAAAGGUUUGUCAGAGGGUUUAUUUAUUUAUUUAUUUAAUUGCUUUCUAUUUUGUAUAAAAAAAAAGCUACUUGAGCAGAAAUCAAACUCCUGUAGUUAAUUUGUGUAUUAUUGGCACAUCUUUUUAAGUUCUGUAUAUCUGUUUAUACAUACUUUAGUACAGGGCUAGGCAACCUUCGGUACUCCAGAUGUUGUGGACUAAAUCUCCCUUGAAGCUUUUCCAGCAUUAUAGCUAUAAGAGCAUUGUGAGAGAUAUAUACCGCAACGUCUGGAGUAAUGAAGGUUUCCCUACCUCUACUUCAGUACAUGGCAGUACUUGGAGACACUGUAGUCACCAAAACAACUUUAUCUUAACCCCUUUAGACCGGAGGGCGUACAAUUACGCCCUAUUUUAGGCGGCUCUAAACGCCGCCGGGCGUAAUUGUACGCCCUCCGGUUUUUGUUAACUUACCCGGUCGCCGGCGAUCGCGGUGGGGGGGACUCCCAGGGAGCCCCCCCGCAGCAGAUCCUUCUCCUCCGGUGACCCCCGGCCAUGUGAGAGUGGGGUCCUACACACUGUCUAGGUGUAUUUUACUAUUAAAAAUAAAUAAAUAUAUAUAUAUAUAUAUAUAUAUAUAUAUAUAUAUAUAUAUAUAUAUAUAUAUAUAUAUAUAUAUAUAUAUAUAUAUAUAUAUAUAUAUAAAAAUCAAAUUACACCUAGACUGCUACUGAUUAAAUAUAUAUAUAUAUAUAUAAUGGUAGGUAACAGCACUCUAAGGACUUCAAAAAGUAAAUGGUGAAAAAAAACUUAGCUUUUAUUCAGCAACUGAUGAAAGUUCUGUAUUAAGAACUGAAACGUCGAUUGUGUGUGGCAGUUGCUGAAUAAAAGCUAAGUUUUUUUCACCAUUUACUUUUUGAAGUCCUUAGAGUGCUGUUACCUACCAUUUUUAUUUUUAUGUUAUUUGCUUUAUUAGCACCAGGCAUUAAUCUAUCUCUACAGGAGUGCAAGUAUUUGAAUAUUUUAUAUAUAUAUAUAUAUAUAUAUAUAUAUAUAUAUAUAUAUAUAUAUAUAUAUAUAUAUAUAUAUAUAUAUAUAUAUAUAUAUAUAUAUAUAUAUAUUACAAAAAAAUUAAAUAUGUAAAUACGUUAAAAAAUAAAAUUUAAAUUAAUUAAAUAUAUAGAUGUGUGUUAUUUCGUUUUAACUGUAUUGUGAUAUUAAUAUAUAUUUAUAUCAAAAUACACGUAGAACAAAAUAAUAUAUAUCUACAUACAUAAAUAUAUACGUAUAUAUCACUAUAUAUAAAUAAAAAUAUUUUAAAAAAAUUAUAUAGAUAUACACAUAUAGAUUCACAUACGUGUGUGUGUGUGUGUGUGUAUAUAUAUAUGUAAUAUUUUUACAUAAUUAGGUAUCUUAAUUAAUUACAAUUAGCAGGACCUGCCUGACAACGCAUGCCGAAAGUAAUGGGAAUUUAAUUUGCUAGCACUAUAUUUAACCCUAUAACUUUCCAAGACACCAUAAAACCUGUACAUCGGGGGUACUGUUCUACUGGGACACUUCACUGAACACAAAUAUUAGUGUUUCAAAACAGUAAAAUGUAUUACAACGAUGAUAUCGCCAGUAAAUUGCCGUUUUUUGCAUUUUUCAUGCACAAACAGCACUUACACGGACAAUAUUAUUGCUGUGAUACUUUUUACUGUUUUGAAACACAAAUAUUUGUGUUCAGCGAAGUCUCCCGAGUAUAACAGUACCCCUCAUGUACAGGUUUUAUGGUGUUUUCAAAAGUUACAGCGUCAAAUUUAAGGCUUGCGUUUCAUUUUUUUUCACAUUCAAAUUUGCCAGAUUGGUUAUGGUGCCUUUGAGACCCUAUGGUAGCCCGAGAAUGAAAAUUACCCCUAUGAUGGCAUACCAUUUGCAAUAGUAGACAACCCAAGGUCUUGCAAACUGGGUAUGUCCAGUCUUUUUUAGUAGCCAUUUAGUCACAAACACUGGCCAAAAUUGGCGUUUUUUUGCAUUUUUCACACAAACAAAUACUAACGCUAACUUUGGCCAGUGUUUGGACCAAAUGGCUACUAAAAAAGACUGGACAUACCCCAUUUUCAAUACCUUGGGUUGUCUACUAUUGCAAAUGGUAUGCCAUUAUGGGUGUAAAUUUCAUUCCUGGGCUACUAUAAAGUCCCAAAGGCAGCGUAACCAAUCUGGCGAAUUUCAAUUUCAAAUGUAACGUGCUAUAUUUGACCCUGUAACUUCCCAAAACGCCAUAAAACCUGUACAUAGGGGGUAUGGUUUUACACGUGAGACUUUACUGAAUACAAAUAUGUGUAUUUUAUUGCAGUAAAAGCAAACCGUAUUAUGACAUUGACCGUUAAAAUGUCAUGUAGAACUAAAAAAAAAUUUAAAAAUCGUAUUUUCACCCAUUUUUUUCAUAUUAAAUUAUGUUUCAUACCUAAAUAUUUGAUAUUAAAUGAAAGCCCUGUUUCCCCUGAAUAAAAUGAUAUAUAAUAAGGGUGGGUGCAUUUACUAUGAAAGAGGUGAAUUACGGUUGGACAGACAUGUAGCACAAACAACGUGUACAUUUGGCUCAGUCCUUAAGGGGUUAAUGAAGCAGUGUUGGUGUAUAGAUCAUGCCCCUUCAGUCACUGCACAUCUCUCUGCCAUUUAGGAGUUGCAUUAACAAAAAAGAUGUUUUAACUUCUAAAUGGGAGAGAAUUGAGCAGACUUCAGACUCCUGAUUUAUACACAAAAACUGCUUCUUUAAGCUAAAGUUGUUUUGGUGUCUAUAGUGUCCUUUUAACAUUUUGGGAGUCAUACUUCUAGAUGUAUCAGUCAUGAUUCUCAUCUUAUUUUGUGUAUUUGUCAGAAACUGUGUAUGUAGCUCAUAAUAUGCUACUAACAAAAUUCAAAUGUCAUGUGCUGUCCAUCAGUCCCCUGUUCAUCCUGUGCAGGUUAUUAUCACAGAGUUUAACAGUAUAAGUACACUUAAAUUAAAUUUAGAUACGAAUAUUCAGACAUACUCUCGAAUGAGUAUCCAAUUAGUUACCAGAAGGAAUGUUUUGGCCCAUUGUUGGCAAAUAGCAGCUGGGUGCUCCUAGCAUCAUAGAUGGUUGUAGAGGUUAUGGCGCUUGGAGUAACUGUUGUAGGUAUUCCUGUUGUGGUUUAUUUUAUUAAUUACUAAUGGUAUAUGUAAUUUUAUUCUCUAACAUUCAGCAAUUUCCUUAAUUCUGUUUAUACAUUAUUGGGAUGCUGAUAGCGGAGAGAAUGAUAGUUUUACUGGAAAAGGUCAUUCCAACCAAGUGUCAAGCAUGGUCCUAGACAGUGGCUCCAACACGUUGGUCUCUUGUGGCAUGGAUGACACCUUGCGUUAUACAAAUGUGGUCAACAGAGCUUAUAGGUGAGUUUAACAGAACUGGCUGUUUGAACAAUUUUCAUUCUGAAAUGCUUUUACAUUGACUUUCUCUGCUUUAGUCCUCAGGAUUCCAUUAAGUUGGAUGUGCAGCCUAAGAGUUUAUCUGUUGGCUCAGGGAGCUAUACUGUAACAGUCUGCAUUGGACAGGUAAGAUUUGCUGAAGCAUACCUCAUAACUGUACUUAUUUUGGAGAAACUGUCCUUAUUUUGGGCCCAAAUAACUCUGUUCUUCUCUAUCCUUAGCUUUAUAUUUGAGUUGCUCCAUAUUGUUGGUGUGUUCGAUUGUAUAACAGAUUUCCACAGCAAUAAUGCUUACAGUAAUGUGUCUUUAAACUACAAUAAAGGUGAUUAGAAAUCAGCCUGUGUACAUAGGCUACUUUGUUCUUGUUCCAAGUUAUAUUUUAGUUACAUUUUUGUAGGUCACCUAAAAUGUCUUAGAAUAGCCCUGACCACACAUUCAUACCCAUAAAACUGUGUCUCUUUGUCCAAUUGGAAUGUUUAGAGGCAUGCUCAAGUUGGAUUGCGGGUGGAUUUUUUUCCUUUCUCUGCACAGAAAUAAAGGUUUUCUCUAACUUCUAAGUUUUUACCUUCUAUUUUCACACUUGCAAUAUCCAGUUUUAAUGUUUCAUGUUUAAAGAGUUGUUGAUUCAGGGACUCUGAUUUGCACUCGCUGUAGUAAACACUAUAGCUUUUACUGGGAUAAAGAACCCUAAUCUCAGCAGUACUGCUAUGAACUGCUGCUAAAAUAUUCCCUAUAAGUGUCCCGCUAUGUUGUGCACCUGUACAUAUUUUCUCACAUACGAUGCAGGUAAAAAUAAAAAGCACAAUCCGUGGCUAACUUUUUAGCAAAUUAUUGGGGUGUGCAGAAAUUAAUGAGUGUUUUUUCUAUGUAUGAAACCAUAUAUGUUCAAUUUUCUUUGUCCGCUACUACAGAAACUGGCUUUUUAGAAUGACGUAUGUGUUAAGUAAUUCUUUGUGUUUAUUGUUGGUUGAAAAUACUUGGGCCUAUUUGAAUGGCAUGCAGGUAAUCAUACCGAAGGAUCAAUAAUCUGCACAUUUGAUCAUUCUUAUAGUGACUCAGAUGUGGACAAAUCUUUUUCACAUCCUGCACUAGAGAAUGUCUCACAUCUCCAUGCAUUUUUCUGUGUAUGAUAGGGAGGCUAGCAGAGCUCCAUGGGAGUUGUAGUCCACAGCUUCUGGGAUCAUCGUCCUCUUUCUCAAACCUUGAACUUAAAUAAUUUGUUGGUGUUGAAUGAUUACAUUGCAAACCUGUGUCUUUACAGAUUGUACUGUUUAAAGACAAGAAAAAGGUCUUCACACUUGACUCCCUGGAUUACGAGCCAGAAACGGUUGCUGUUCACAAAUCUAAUGGAAUGGUUGCAGUUGGAGGAGCAGUAAGCAUUGUCCAUGUAUUCAGUGUUCCUGAAUGGGUAGUUUUGUGAUAUCCUGUAGGAUAGCUUGAAAGAAUAAUUUUAUAUAAAUUAUUUUGCAUUUCAUUGCAGAAUCACACAGCAGGGGAGAUUAUGUUCAUAAUAAUCAGUUUGUGUGCAAUUGUUGUGGUACACGAACAUUUUUUUUUUUUAUUCUAAUCCAUGUGUACAGAAUGUGAGCUACUCUGAGCUGUUCUGUUAAAUUUAAAUACACUAUUAAUGAGGAAAAUAAAUCAGACAUUUACUACAAAUGCUGCCUGUAGUUCAUACAAAAUCCUUGUUUAAUCUGCUCUUGUUUAAAGUCUUUAGCUAUUAAAAAAGACAAACCUUAAAAGCACAGUUUUGGGUGCUGUGUUGUAGAUAUAAAAUUUUCCUAGAUUACUUAUGUUUACUUUAUUUGUAAGAACAUGUUGUUGUUGUUGUUGUUUAUUUUUAUUUUUUUUUUGUAAAGCUUUACCAUAGCUCAUUUUUAUUAACACACCAUGAAACCAGAACCGGAAAAAUUAAAUGUUAUUUAAUGUAGAUUAUGUUGCUUUCGCAAUAUGUGCUUACUUUGUUAAAUGUCUGUAUCAUUGCAGGAUAGCAAAGUCCACCUGUAUUCCAUUCAAGGGAAUACUCUAAAGGAUGAAGGAAAGACUCUCUCAGCAAAGGGACCAGUGACCAGUCUUGCUUAUUCACCUGAUGGUGCCCAUCUUGCAGUUUCUGAUGCCAACAAGGUCAUCACAGUCUUCAGCGUGGCUGAUGGAUAUGCAGUAAGAUCGCAGAUAAUAAUUUUAUUUAUUUUCAGAUCUAUAGAAAUAUAGACUUGAUCAGAAAUUCACCCGUGUAGAAUGUUCUUUCUCAUCUAUGUAGCAAGGGUUUAAGUCACUAUUCUUUAUUUUGCUUUCUACUUUUCUCUGUAAUAUGUCUAUUCCAAUCUUUCUUCUAAGCAGACUUGUUGCUAAUUAAUUUUUAUAAGGGUAGAUUCUCUCUCCACAUUGUAUUGGCACACUCUGUAAGUAGUAUUAAAUUUUAUUAUGAUUUCAUUGUAAUUCCAUUACUAGGAACUACUUGUGAAAGUAACAUUCAUUUUAUUAUGGUAAGCCCUAUGGUAAGCCAUUAAUGUGAUCUGUAAAUCCUUGGUAAAUUAUAAAUUACUGGUAGCCCUUCUAUAAAUUAGCUCUAAUGCAUUUUCAUUCUUUUUUUUUUUUCUCUCUCCUCCUUUUUCUAUAAUCCACACCACCAAUAAGAUUGUAAAUUUGUAAAAGAGUCUGUGUAUGUUAAUUUUAAAGUGUUUAUUUUGUUCUGUAAUGGCUGAUAAAUGGCAACGCGUCUGUGCCAACUUUAUUGUACCAAACUUUAGAUUCUGUUGGCACUGCUUUUUAAAAAUGCUUUAAGUGACCUAUGUACCAGAUAGAAAUGGCUAAUUAUCUCAUCAAAAAGGAAGAUAAUUAUGUCUUUUUAUUUAUAACUAGAUGACAUAUAUUUGUUUGAUAUAUAGUUGUUCAGUUGGUAAUAGUUAAGUAAAAUUUAGCAGUCAGAAUUGAAAUGUCCCUUAUUGUGGUGAAUCAAUAUUCUCCUUUUCAUUAAAAAAAAAAAUGCACACCCUAAUCUGCUGUGUGCACCUAUGCUGCUUGCAAUUCGCAACUUGUUACUGACUCUCUAUUUACUUUUUCAACAGGAAAAAGGCAAUUUCUACGGACACCAUGCAAAAGUAGUGUCUAUGGCUUGGUCGCCUGACAAUGAGCAUUUUGCAAGCAGUGGUAUGGAUAUGAUGGUUUUUGUUUGGACCUUGAGUGAUCCUGAUGAAAGACUGAAAAUGCCAGGUAAUAAAUCCUUUGCAUAAGCACAUAUAUUUUUGUGUGUAUAUGUUGGAGGGGAUUCAUUUAUAAUUUGAGAUACUGUGAAUCUAUGUGCAAAUCCAGGUAUAGAUAAAAUAACUAAAGUGAAGUUCAUUGCAAUUCAUUUAACUAUUAGUAUCUGUAUAUUGAACAAUAUUCAAUAUGCUUUGUUCUCUGGUCUCUUACAAAGUUUCAAUUUUUCAGUUGUGAAAUUUUGAUGAUACUGUGUAAUCCUGGAACUAUAAUGGCAUAACUCCCACCUCCAACACUUGUCAAUCAGCCAGCUGAAAACAGUUUUUGUCCAUUUUUAUGAGCUCUCUCUCCUCCUCCCACAAGAGAGCUGCUAUGGAAUGUACAGACCUCCCCUUUCCUGAGCACACAAGUAAACAGUGGACUGGCCUAUGUUUAAACUGAAAACAUCCAUGGUAUUGCUGCUAUAAGUUUAAAGGGGGGCUAUAGUGUAUGUGUAUUCCUGACACUAUAUAAUUCUAAAACCACUGUUGGUCAGCCCCCCUUAUCUUGGGUUAGAAAGGUGAAUUACUCUCUCCUUUUCAGUGCUGCGCGUAGCUCUUAAUGUCUGGCACUGCCCCAGAUCUGCCUCCUUGGCUGACCUCAUCAGAUUUGAUGAUUUCAGGUAAUCACAAUGCUUUCCAAUAGCUGGUGAUUUCCACCAAGAAGGUGGGGCCCUCCGUGUAUCCAAACGCCACCCUGGCCAAUAAGCAUCUCCUCGUAGAGAAGCAGUGAAUCAGUGCUUCUCUGUGAGGAUAGUUCAGCGUCUUGUGGCACUGUGCAACACGACCCGAGGAUGUUCCUUUAGUGGCCGUCUGGUCACUAGAGGUGUUCCUAGGCUGUAAUGUAAACAAUGCCUUUUCUCUCACUAUAUUUAUAAUAAGCUGUAUUUGUUCUGGUGUCUAUAGUGUCCCUUUAACCCCUUAAGGACCAAACUUCUGGAAUAAAAGGGAAUCAUGACAUGUCACACAUGUCAUGUGUCCUUAAGGGGUUAAGCAUUUCCACUCCUAUAUGAUGAGUGGAACUCGUCUUUGGGGGAAAGGUUGAACAUUACGAACUUGAGUCUUUUGUGGAUUUGUUGUUUUGUUUGGGUUUUUUUUAAACCUAGAUUACUAUGGAGCUAUACAUUGUUUAAUCUGUAAACAACACCUUAUCUAUGGGAUAAGCUUUGUAAGAUGGGGGGCAGCUAGGACAACUUUACAGUUUUUUGUUUUUUUUAAAUGUACGUUAAAUAGGGGGGUAGUUUUCCUUUAAUAUUUUUUACGAUGUAUUGCUGCUGUUCUAGCCCACCUUUUAAUUUUGAAUACACCUUCUUUAACCCUGGGGCCAAACGAGCCACAACCAAGUGAGAAUAAAAGUAGGUUUAUCAUUAUAUUGUAUAAAUGUUUACAAACCUGCUUUUCUAGAUCUUAAUUUAGAAAAUUGAAUUAUCCACAAUUGAAUAGUUAGAGACUAAACACUUGGUGGUUGGACAGCUAUCUGACUUAUUUUAUUUUUUUUUUCCCGUUUCUUUCCAGAUACCCAUAGACUACACCAUGUUAGCGGACUGGCUUGGCUUGAUGAGCACACACUCACCACUGUAUCCCUUGAUGCGUGUGUCAAGCAGUGGACCAUCACCUACAAAUGA